AUGCGACCACACCCUACAUACCGAACCAGGUAUCACACCCCUCACCUACACAGCACGGACGGACGUCACAAGGCGGACCGGACACACCAGGGCAUAAAGCCCGACACCCCAAUAGGCAUAGGACACAACUAUCCCCACUCCAAAGGGGACGUACUACACCCGGCACCGACACAGGCACACCACUUGGUGGGACCUAUAGGCCGAACAACCGGGACACCUGUCCAUUACCCUACACGCCCUCAAAACAACCAACAGCAAGCGCCCACUAAGACGGAGCCAGAGCCCAAACAACAAUAAGACAGCACUGAACCGCACACCUACACACACACCCACACCCAGACCCAGCCCGCCUCCGUUGCCCCUCCGGGCCGCUGCGAGGAUGCAGGCACAAGGACCCAACGGCUUCGCAAGAGAAGACCUAUGUGUAGUCUCCUACAAUGUGCGAGGCCUAAAUGUUAGGGAGAAGAGCACAAGACUGCUAAGGGACCUAAAACACUACAAAGCAACAAUAGCGUUCAUCCAAGAAACGCACUUCCAGGAGGGCAGAGCACCAGCCCUAAAAGACCGCAACUACCCAAUAGGAUACUUCAGCCACAACCAAGAUAGACGCACACUGGGAGUCUGCAUCCUCUUCUCACGACGAGUCCCUUACGAGGAGCAAGCCACCGUCCGAUGCAAACAGGGCAGAUAUAUUUUUACAAAGGGCAAAAUAAUGGACCAAACAUACACGUUCGCCAACAUAUACGCCCCGAAUACGAAACAACACCACUUCCUCCGAAGAGCACUAACCACGCUGAUGAAAUUCGCGGAAGGCACCCUGAUCAUAGGGGGGGACCUCAACCUGGCGAUACACCCGGACCAAGACUCCACCUCGGCACACGGACACAGGUUGAUCAACAGGCACGCCAACACGCUCCGCCUCCUCCACCUCCACCAGCUGGCAGACUGCUGGCGAGCACUACACCCAACUACACGAGAUUAUACUUUUUAUUCUACGACACACUCGACGUAUACAAGACUCGACUAUUUCCUAGUACCUCACCGGGACCUAGCCCUGCUCACCGCGGCAGAAAUCCUGCCAAUGACCUGGUCAGACCACAGCCCAAUCCGCAUACGGAUUAAGUCGCCACUAUACAAACCCAGACAAAUGUCGUGGCGACUGAACGAAUCGAUUCUCUCAGACGUCUCGGUCAUAGACCAAGUCAAUCACCACAUACAGGAUUACUUCACAGACAACGAGACAGAUGACGUCACCCCACUGACAUGCUGGGAAGCACACAAAACGGUCAUCAGAGGCGGAUUCAUCGCGAUAUGCGCGACCCGCAAAAAGAAGGCGACACAGACGAUACAAGCACUCAGUAAGGAAAUCGGGGAACUGGAGGCUAGACACAAACGCACCAUGGAUUUGACGGUAUAUGAGGAACUCACGACUAAACGGAACCAACUCACCGCACACCUGAACCGCGCAAUCCAACGCUCAUACCAACACUACAAACAUAUGAUCCAUGAACACGGGGACAAGUGUGGGAGACUACUAGCGAACCUCCUGAGGCAAGGCCGCAACCAACUGUACAUUCCAAAGAUCAAAGAUGCACACCAACAACUCAGACACCUGCCGGACCAGAUCUCGACAGCGUUCCACGACUACUACCAGGAUCUAUAUUGUCUCCGUGAAACGAAUCAAGAACCUCAGAGGCCACAAAGAGCUGAGGACAUACGCAGAUACCUAGACGCGGCAAAUAUACCAGGAAUAGAGGAGGUAGACCAAGAAGCCUUAGAGACCCCCAUAACACCCGAGGAAUUGGCAUACGCCAUCAAAAAAGCGAAAACGGGCAGGGCUCCAGGCCCAGACGGCCUGCCCCUACAAUACUAUAAAACAUUCGCAACGGACCUACUACCAAAAUUACUGAAAGCCCUGAACUCGAUCCAAGACGGAGCCACACCAACAGCCCAAUUCACCUCGGCGAACAUCACCCUCCUCCCAAAGGAGGACAAAGACAAGACGCUGUGUCCAAGCUAUCGACCGAUAUCCGUACUGAAUACGGACCUCAAACUUCUGGCAAGCAUACUGGCAGCACGUCUGGUGCCACUCCUGCCGACCAUAAUCCAUUCAGAUCAAACAGGUUUUAUCCCAGGAAGGGAGGUGAAGGACAACACAAUCAGAGCCUUAAACCUCAUAGCACAUGCAAGAGGGCAGAAGACCCCAGUUCUGCUCCUGUCCACAGACGCGGAGAAGGCGUUCGACAGGGUGGACUGGGGUCUGAUGUUCGAAACACUCCGCCACCUGGGCAUAGGCCCACACUACAUGACCUGGGUACAGGCGCUCUACACGGACCCAACGGCCCGAAUUCGGAUCAAUGACAGACCCAUUCCAGAUCCACAACGGAACCAGACAGGGCUGCCCGCUUUCACCCAUACUCUUUGCGCUGACGCUGGAACCCUUCCUGAGCAGGAUCCGACAGAACGCAGACGUACGAGGGCUGACAGUCGGAAACACGCACCACAAAACCCUGGCGUACGCAGAUGACAUGCUGUUCGUGGUUACUGACCCGGAAAAAUCGUUACGAGCGAUACAGACGGAAUUCGACAUAUACGGCCGCAUCUCGAACCUCCGAAUCAACUACUCGAAAUCGGAAAUACUGAACAUAAACAUCAGCAACACACUCAAGCAAACAAUUCAGAGACAACAACCCUACCGCUGGUGCGACCGCCGAAUGAAAUACCUAGGGGUCUGGCUCACACCAGAUGCGGGAGACCUCUACACCCAUAACUACCUCCCGAUUCUGCAAAAGGCAAAGGAGGAACUACGUAGAUGGGGUUCCUACUACAUGUCAUGGCUGGGCAGAGUGAACGCGGUGAAAAUGACACUAUUACCGAAGCUACUUUUCAUAUUCCAAACGGUACCGAUAAGAGCCCCACAAACAUUCUUCGCGACACUUAAAGCAGAAGUUCGCACUUUUAUCUGAAAGGGCAAAUCCCCGCGCAUAGCGCAUACCCAACUGAUCCUGCCCAAGCUCAGGGGGGGCCUGGCACUUCCCGAUUUUGAAAAGUACUACCACGCAGCACACAUCGCCAGAAUAAUCUGCUGGUCGGUAGCCAGCGGCGCAAAACCAUGGACACAACUAGAAGCGGACACAACCGGAUGCGAUCUCAGAACCCUACCAUGGAUCCCCAAGACAACAUACGGGAGCAAACAUAUCACCAACCCGUUCGUGGUGGCAACCAUGCAAAUAUGGCACGGACAAGGCACAAAACACUACCUGACAACGGACCCAAGCCCGCUCCUGCCCCUAAAGGGAAACCCAGAUUUCCCAGCCGGGGAAUAUGGCCCCACACCAAGUCCGCCGGGACAGAGAGGGGUACACCGCAUAAAAGAUUUCCUCUGCCACCCGUUCGAAAUCCGACCAUUGGCAGAAAUCUACCCAGGCAGACCACACACAUUUGCCCACAUCCUAGCACGAGCCCAAAUCACCAAAUACGCCAGAUCCAUCCCGCAACGACCGGCAAUCACGAGGGAACCAACACAAUUCGAGAACUUCUGCACACAGGACAAAGAACCACCACGAGCCAUCUCACAAAUAUACACUAUCCUGAUAACAAGCAGAUACCUCCUAGCACCACCGUGCAUCAGAAAAUGGGAAGAAGACUUGGAGGAGCAGAUGACGGAAGCAGAUUGGGAUAAAAGCAUGACCCUGAUACAGAAAACACCGAGCUCGGCACGAACACAAGAAAACUCGUAUAAGAUAUUUACCAGAUGGUACCUGACACCGACAGCUCUUCACGCCAGAAACCCAGAAAUCCCGGAUACAUGCUGGAGGUGUUGGGAGGAGACCGGAACGUUCACGCACAUAUGGUGGACAUGCGCCCGCAUCAGACCAUUCUGGGACAGAAUCCGGUCGAUAAUCCAGGAGGUCACAGAUGAACACCUCCCACACUCCCCAGCCGCCUUCCUACUACACCACACAACUAUGGCGACACCAACAUAUAAGAGAUCGGUUAUCCCCAGACUCCUAAACGCGGCUAAAGUGACUAUCCCUAUUUACUGGAAGCAAACCAUCAACCAUCCAUAACAAAAUGGAUAGAGGAGGUGGAAGCCACAAGGAUAUUCGAGGACAUGAAAGCAGAAACUCCGAACCUCAGAGACCACCACACCAAACGCUGGUUCCACUGGACGAGACUGAAUACGUCAGACUCAUUCAGACAGCACAUAAACGCGCCAUGAAAGUCGACGGGAAGACGAGGAAGAAAGCACUAAGAGAAGCGAAUCAAAGAAGGCGAGAUGCGGCGGACCGGACGGGCACGGGAGGCGGACUACCCCAACCAUCCCACCCUAACCCGCACCCUGACAGCACCACAUUAAGUCACCGACUGACGCUACCUGAGACGAACACUUUAUGCACAGACAGGAUAACAACCAUGAUUCAUACACAUGAACACCCACAAUGACAAAAUCGGGAACAAAGACGGUCAGGACAGUAACAACCGAACCUCCCCCCCUCAUACACGGCAAGCCAAGUACACACGAAGACAAACACUAACCCAAACACAACCACAUAUACCCAAAGAACCUCGCUGUCAAACCAAUAAUCAUACUCCGAACAAAAUCGAUGGGUACUCACUGAAACACGGAUCUCCAGGCAAGCUACAACGCAAUAAGAUAGAGAGACAUACCACAGUUAAAACACACGAACCAUCGCAAUGUACUGGAUUACCCAUAAACGCACCUCAGCACGCUAAACAGAAUACUACACUGACUACAAAGACAAAAGCUACAUGGGGCCAGUCACGCACGGCAAUGAAACACUAAAUCACACAGCGCAAUAGACACGCAGACACGCAAGCAGACAGCAGCCACACGCACCAAAAUAUAGUAAGAUAUGACACACUAUCAGAUAAAAGCCCCACAAAGAGGACGCAAACAGGAAGUCAAUAGACCAAACACCGCCAGCAGAAAAGCGAGAUACAACUAGCACAUGACCAGAGCAACCAGGGACCAGACACGACGGGGCCCGCAGACACAACCUACACAGGAAACACGCGAUAAAAACACCCAGAACAAGACAAGCCCGAGUGAACGCAACACAGGCACACCAUAAGUCAUGCAGACAAACACAGCAAGCAAACAAAUUGAUACCUAUAUACUAUAUCAAGCAGGCAAUAACCAAACCGCCUCUGCGUAGGCGACAAAAAGCACACAAAUGUCUGUAGGGGAAACCAAUACCUCCAUACUCGCACUGUUGUUACCUGCAAAUGCAUUACGAUAAAGGAGAAGAUCAACACACUCAAUAAUACAUGCAGACCCUAACAGACACAACAGAAAGCCGAAAACCCCUAACAGACACAAAACACACAGGGACCUGCCGAGCACAACAUCUACAUGAUGAGGCCCAAACUGACAUAUUUUAUAUUAAUACACGGCUGCCUAAAAACAAAUAUGCUCCUUAUGUUUAAAGUUGGAAAAACUUCUGUAUUUUUGAUUAUGGCCUAAUGACCUCAUCUAACGAGCAAGCAGAUUAACCUGCCUCAGCACAGUCAACAAUUGUGCACCUACUGACCAGUAAACACACAACAGCUAACACAAAACACAUAUCGCCCUAACCGAACUACAAAGGCUACACAGUACAUAAAAGUAUAGAGCACAAAGCAACUGACAGUAAAUAAAUGUUAAUAAUAAUAUAAAAAAAAAAAAAAAAUUUUAAAGGGAAGGAAGAAGGGGAAAAGAAGAGAGGGAAAGAGAAAAGGAAAGGAAAAAGGAAAAGAAAAGAGAAGGAAAACAAGAAUUUUUUUUUGUUUAAAAACAUGUUAAGCUAAACAGGCUAAGAUGGAUCCGCCUCUGCGCAGGCAACCAAAAGUAUAUACUGUGUUGAACCAAUGCUUAAGCCCCUGCGUGGGCAAUCACUUGCUUUAUUACAAAUCAGUUUGACGUAUGAACCUAUGUUAUGCAUACAAUAAAAAUAUUCAAAACAAGCCAAGACAGGACUAAGCCCAAGACUGAGAGCGACCUCGUGUCCCUCUGUUACUAUAUAGAUGUACUAAUACUAACGUCAGCAUAUAACUCUAGCCAUAUAAGGACAAGACCCCCGAAUCCACAUUCCAGAGCUCUCGGACAAAGAAAGCCUUGUGACUUAUUGAUACCAUCUGUUACUUAUGUCAAUCCACACAUCCAUAUAUAAUCAAUAGAAACAUAGAAUAUGCAAUAUUCUACAUUCCCUCUGUUUAUGGUUUGUUUUAAAACCAUAACACAAUGUAAUUAACCUGUCCAUUCAUACAUCACUUGUAUCACAUUCAUUGAGCAUAGAACAAGAUGUAGUCACAAUUUUCUAUUAUAUGAGAGUUCUUAGAAGGUCGAGUUUCUAUCCCUCAUACUGCUUACUUUACUUCAAACUCCCUCUGUUUCAGCUAUGUAUUGAUAUCCAUAUCCAUGUUACAUCAUAACUACUUGAACAUAAUAUAUACAUAUAUAUAACAAUAAUAAAUGAAUACAAUAUUUACAAAUGUUGAUCCAAUAAACAAUGUAAAGCAAUGAGAAAGAUCAACCUGCUCAGGUACUAUCAAGUCUUUGUAGAUAACAAAAUCCAAGAUCGUAACUUUCUAAAUAAUAACUGUGUAUCACUAUCAUACUCCUACAGACACAUAUAGCAUAGUAUUUUCAUUCUCAAUACCUGAUAUUACUUAAGUACUAAUACAUGUAUUACUAUAAUAUCCUGUCCAAUUAUAUUUCCAUGAAUCGUAUGGUUUCUAGCAACCUUAAAAUCUUUAGGUCAUUUGUAUUCAUGAAUUACAUUCCUAUACCAUUAAUACCAUCUAGUGAUGAUUGUAUCAGUACUUUACAAUCAUAUUAUUUAAUUUGUAUAUUCAGUAGGCUCUCACUACCUAAAAUAUACCAAAACUACUUAUAAGUCUCAUUCAAAGGAUGUGUUAUCAACCAUGAAGUUCUAUAAUAAUUCUUCAAAUAAUGUUCAUGGUGUUGACAAUACUUAUUGUUCUAGAAAUUCUCCACCCAGAAAUCUUUCUAUCAUAGAUUUGAUUUUGUUCACAUAAUUAUAAUUUUGACUAAAAUUCCACCUUGUAGUAACAAACUUUUCAUUCAAUAGAAACAUAGUUUACUUUAAAAUAACUUGGAAAGAAUACUUUAAAUUCAUUAGCAUCACUCUCUUCACUAGCAUUGUGAUGACUUAUUAAUGUAAUACAUCUUAAAAGCAGGAUUGUCCUAAUGUUCUGACCAAUCCAUAUUCCUUAGUACACUUCAACUGACUAAAAUAAAAUAAACAAAAAUAAACUUGGGGUCAUACUGCCCAGAAACUCUUAUUCCUAGUCUGUGUCUUACAAACUCAGGGAAAUCUUAACAACGUAUUCAUUGGAUACCAUCAUAUCCAGAAACCUAUUCUCCCUAGUCCAUACCUUUAUAGACUUAGGUCAAAUAUAAUUGUAUACUAUACUCUUUCAAUUCAAUUCCUCUUGGAUCUCUGAACUCUUAUAUCCAAGGCCUUCUUAAUGUAUAUAAUUACUUAAUAUUAAUCAAUAUAAAUUAUCCUUCCUUAGUUUUCUUCCUUUUAUUACCAUUGUUUGUUUUACUUCAACUAUAUAAACAAAUUACUCAUUAUAGUUAAUCUAUGAGAUACUAUUGAACUCAAUCUUUGUGGUAUUAAGUAACCAUGAUCCUUAUUUUAUCAACUUCAUAUUUUAUCUGCCUCUGAUACUUCUCAUUCUAUGUAUAGGUAAUAAUGUAAUAGUUCUCUUCAUAAUACCAUCCAUUAAUAAUUUUACUCCAUGUGUUAUAUCGCUAUAAGUACUCUCUCUUGGUAUUAAUACUCAUAACCGUUAAAUAACUUUUCAUUGUCUGUUUUCUUCUUCAUUAAUAUUUAGGAAUAUAUAUGUAUGUUAGUGUCAAUCUUUUAUUUCUUUGUAAGUCUGUUAAUCUUCUGAAUCGAAUGAACUCUGUAGAAUCUUCCAUCACAGUUUGCCGAUCAGAUGAAAAGUCUCUUUCCAACAGUCGAUGUCCAAUUGUCUAAAGGAAUGCUUUCCUGAUUUAUUGCCACAAGGAUCUGUCACGCUUUACCUACAUUAAAACAAAUAACAUGUGCAGCAUCAAUACAAUGGCUUACAAUGUUUAUAUCUCAUUAUUAUUACACAGUUUAACAUUGAAUCAUAUUGACUACACAAAACAUACUCAUAUCUUCUCAUGAGAUCUACCAUCUAGUGGUCAUUACAUUUAUGCCAUGUGAUGUAUAAUCUUUAAAUUUCCUUUUAUAUUAAAAUCUUUCUGAACAUGUAAAUUCUCAAUUCUCAAACUUUUUAUUACUCAUACCUUAUUAAUCAUACCCCCCUUUAAACUGUUUAAUAAUCUGGAGGUAUAACCUAAUCACAUGUCAGAUGUUACCACAAAAUAUUGUUUUCCACUAUACUUUAGCUAUAGCAGCCAUCUUGUCUUAACUGGCACCAUUUUGUCACAUGAAACAAACUACAAAAACAUAUAUUGUUUCCUACAUCAAAUGUAUUUGUAAAUCUAGGUUUUAUCCUAUCAAAACUUUUUAUUUUUCAAUGUAGUCAAAAUAUAUGUAUGUCCAGGCUUUGCAAAAUAUAGUAAUCCAUUAUCAGUCAUGACAUUAAAAUCUCAUUCUCAUGAAUUAAAUCAAAGAUUUUAAAUCAACCUCAGAAGUAACAACAUUGUUUUUUCCUUCUGUAAAAUGAUUGGAGUUACUGUAUAAUCGCAUACACCCAAUAUAACAAAUUGCAUGUUCCUAACUGCUACAUUAGUGUAUUUCAUUCUGCCAUAUUUGCAAACUUGAUGUAAAUUUUUAUUUCAAUUAAUUAACCUAAUACAUUCUUAUAACACACAUAAAACAAUGAAAAACAGUACAGACUAACAAUUCAUUAUAACAACAAACUAACAUAGAUCUCUAUUCUUGUGUGAUGUCCGUAAUUUUGGAAUCAGCCUGUGUACAUCUGUUGGCAGACAUAUCCAUGCUCAUUCCCUAAAUUGAUCAUAUCUCUUGAAGUUAUUUGAUUCUUAUAACUUUCUGUGUUACACUGCAUUGCUUGUCUGUCUCUUAAUUUCAAUUUAGCUUAAAUUGCUUUUAUUUGUCUGAUUAUCAGUUUACAAGGAAAGGCUUUAAUUGAUUUAUCUCCACAUGCAUUUUCUCUGUCAAAAUUUUCAAUCAACAAAUUUAAUUUCUCAUUUGCUUUUGAUUUGAUAUCUCGGAUAAAAUAUCUGCAAGAUCUUAAAUAAUGUUGUUUAUUGCACCAAAAACAAAUAACUUUAGGAGUUAUAUUCUGCAUUUGAUUUAAGCAAAUUGGGAGUGGCUCAGCUGUCUAUAUCACUCUUUUACACUGAGUCCACGAAGAAGAAGAAGGAGGGGGACGAGGGCUGUAACAUCUGCACUUAUUUCUCUGCCUAAAUCCACAAGUCAUUUUAACCCCUUCAUUCUUGGUUUCCCUCCUUAAGUUAUCCAAGAACAAAGCUACUUCAUUCAAAGUGCUUUUUUCUCUAGCUAACAAUUGCAGUUGGAUCUAGAUCUUGAAUUUUUUUCACAAAUUCAUUAAUUAACUGAUUCUCAGGAAAAUUAGCAACAAGUCUAUAUGCACUUUCAAAUUUUACAAGAAAACUAAAUAUAUCCUCUCCUUUGUGUGGUUUUAGUUUUUCCAACAUUUCAGUGUCUGCAAAAUCAUUCCCUGUUGUUAAUUUUAUUAAUUGUGUUAAUCUGUCUCGCUCAUUCCCAUGGACUAUUUCACCAUCUUCGUCAUUAGGGGUACUAAUGGGUGGAGUCAGUCUACGUGCAAUGUACGUUGGCAGCCAUAUUUUAAACAAUCUGUUCCUUUGUUCGUCAUUUAGGCUAUAUUUGUCUAAAUUAGACUCAAACAUUUCAGCAUUAGUAAAUGCAUCCACUGACGUGUCAUAAACUGGAAUACAUUUCACAAUUUUCAUUAAUUGUUCAUGGAUCUUCAAAUUAAGUUUUGCAGUUCUGUCUUGAAAUUUACAUUUCUGCAAAUUACUCUGUGAGGAUACAUUUUCAGUAUCAGUUGGUUCUGGGAUUAGAUUCUGUGCCUGUAUUUUUCUUGUAUUAACACACACUAGUUUAGCUUCAUUUCUAAACUGGCAAAUAAGAUCAUUUCUUAGUUAAACUCUAUCCUCUAAUUCACAGACUUUUCCUGACAAUGUUCUCUCUGUUACAUUGUUACACUGUUCAUUUAAAUCUGAUUUGUCUUCUGUUAACCCAUUCAAAUCUAUUUCUUUAUCUGCUGAUUCUAAAUUGUCUUGACCUGCAUCUCGUUUACAAAUCAAUGCAUUGUAAGUACAGACUAGUUUCAUAACAUUUCUGAUCUUUUGUUUUUUCUUAUUAACAAACAAUUUCUUGGCAAUUUCACAUUGUGUGUAUAAAGAUUGCCACAAUACAGCAUCUGAAUAGCUGCUAUUACAUGCAAACUGCAAUUUACUUUUCUCUGCAAUAUCAUUUAUGAAUUCCAUGUUACUCACCAGAUCAGUUAUCUCUGUCUAUUUCGUUGCUUCAUCCACACAGCUGCGCAGUUCUUUGCUUGGAUCUGGAAAUUUGCCAAUCUCUGCCACGUGCUUGCUUCUAGAUUUCACGUUGUAUCUUUUGCUUUUUGCCUCAGUUGUAGAAAAUAGUCUUGUACAGUCUUUGUGAUUUGAAAACUUUAUUUUUCUUACAAACCACCGUUCUUCUAUGUUAAUCUAGAUUCUUUUUUUUUUUCUUCACGUUUGUUUUCCCAGUUCCAAAAAAGCUUUGUAACUCGAUUCUUCUCUCUCCCCCCUUGAAGUGGGAACAAAACUUGAAUAGAAGACUGGUUGGCUAGCCAAUGUAAAAAAAUGUAGAUGAGAUUGGGUGUUCAUGUUAAUGUUGACUCUUCUUAAUUUCUUCUUAUCUUCAGUUGAUUGAUAUAUAUACACGUCUUUUGUAUAUAUAAUCUUGGGCCAAAUGCUCGCCACAAUAAUAUAUGUCAAUAUUAUUGAAAAGUAGUAAUACGCAAUCUGACUUACGGUUUCUUCCGGUUUAUUCUUUGUUACGGAUACAUAAUAAAGCAUAAUAAAUGAUGUUACAGGAUUAUAGACAUUCAACAGCAGAUGGUAAUUGCUGGACUUCUGAUGGGAGAGUUACAUCGUUGUACAGAGCCAAGACAGGACUAAGCCCAAGACUGAGAGCGACCUCGUGUCCCUCUGUUACUAUAUAGAUGUACUAAUACUAACGUCAGCAUAUAACUCUAGCCAUAUAAGGACAAGACCCCCGAAUCCACAUUCCAGAGCUCUCGGACAAAGAAAGCCUUGUGACUUAUUGAUACCAUCUGUUACUUAUGUCAAUCCACACAUCCAUAUAUAUAAUCAAUAGAAACAUAGAAUAUGCAAUAUUCUACAGUUCGCCAGUACCAUAUGGGCCGGGUUAAUGACCUGAGACCCCAAGCUGGUGGGAGUAUUAUUACCGGGUUGGGACUGAGAGGAGCCCACAAUUUUGGUUGUGGGAGGCUCUGGUGUCACAACGGGAAAACUACGGGCUUCCAGUCUCUCCAGCCUAUCAUUAUUCUACCCCAUGGAGGACACUAGCGAAGCAAUCAUGGUAUGAAGGUUGGCGUUGCUCGUGUCUUCUCCCGCGUCUGUAUUGUCAGUAUUGGCUUGCAUCAGCCUAAACAGUUCUGCUUUCCUGGCAGUAGCUGGAAAGGGGAUGCUGCGACUACGUAGUUCUGCCAUGAUGCGGGGGAUAGUCCAUGUUCUUAUUGAUGAUGGGCUACAGGUGUCCCCCUUGCGUGUGGGGCUGGCGGUCCUGGCUGGAGUACUGGGGAUUGAAAUAUCAUCUCCGUCGUCUGGAACCUGGGACAUAAUGAAAUAUAUAGGAAUCAUAAGCUUUAGCCUAAGGACGUAUACUGGUAUAUUUGCUAGUGCCAAAGACAUUCGUUAGAUUGGUGACAAGCGAGACCCUACUAGUUGCCAAGUGGCUUGAGAGGCUCUACCUGCAGGGUGUUGGUCUCUCAGGGAAUGUAUUAAUCAACUGGGGAGAGGUUGUGACAAGUGAGGCUUAUGUGACUAUGCAACAAGCGAGGCGGCUAGCUAGGUUGUGGCCCGUGGGGCGUAUUACAUCUUUCAAGGAGGAUGGGUGUUGUACGUCUAUAUCUACGGCAGAGAGUGCCUGGGAAAUUUGCCUAGAUGGCCAUACCCAAUCGUCUAUGGUUGGUUCCCUAUACCUUUACUCUUGAGUGAAGACGCGGGAGCAACAUUACUUUUGAACAAUGUAUGCUUGUGUAACAGAACCCCUGUUCUUGCCUGGACCACAGACUAUAACAUUGUAUAACCCCCUGGAUUUGUUACUUUGUUGCCAGUUUUAUAUUUGAAAACAUACGAAUGGGAAAACGAAUGACACUACUAACCCAUUCGUAUGAACGAACAAACUACCGAACGAGAGACCACCCAGCCCAGUCGUGUGCCGCCAAUUAUCCCCUUGACUCUGUGCCAGACUGCAAACCGCAAGCAUUCUAAGUGGUUCCGUGGGUGGCCAUCGAUUCGUAUGCAUGAACACGUGGCGAUGGCCAUCUUGUUUUGUCGAACGCAUCCAGCGUUGUUUAGUCAUCGAGUGUCGAACUAUUUUCGGACAGUCAAACUCCCGAACACCGCUGAGACUUCCAGGACCACUUAACUUCACCCAGAUUUAUACGAACAAGGCUGCGUUCGGUAAAAGUACUGCACGAACACAGCGGCACACAUAACGGAUUCAUGUGAUUUUUGAAUAUGUGUGUCCCCCAAUUCUGCUUGUUCCAAAUAUGUAAUUUUUAUUAUAGUUUUGAUGUUACAAAAAUGGGAGUAUAUUUUUCACUUGGAGAUAAUUGAGCUGAAAUAACAAUUAACUCAAUUAUCUCCCAAGCAGAGAGGAGGAAUGUACAGUAAUUAAUGGGUGUUUUUAAACUGUAUAACUGUAAAGGAUUGGCUGUUAUGUUUGUGUCUGCAGUGCUCAACAAGGUCCAUGUGGGUGGUAACCUUGUGAGAAAAUGUGUAUAAAAGAAAUGCUUGUGUGGUCAUUAAAACAGUUCUGCUUAACCCUAAAUAUGUAGCCUUGUCUCGUUAUUGAAGGGUACCUGAUUCCAGCUUAAUCACUAGCUCUUUUAAGAGCUCUACUUCUCUCUCUCUACAAGGAUCCAGCGAAUGGGAUAUCGGGAAUACUCUGAAGCACAGCCUCUUGCCGGGAAAAGGACGCCUCCAAUGGCAUACACCCCUCCAGCAACCAGGGUGGUUCUGCCCUGCGGUCGUCAGAGAUCCUGCUAAGAAGGGAGGCCUAAACCAAGAUGAUGGACUACAGAAUAGAGGAUGGGGGAAAGUAUGCGACACUGAAACCUGCAGAAUAUCCCCAUAAUCAAUAGUGUUUAACUCGACUAUGGUCUACCCACUAUGGCGUGUCAACUUGUCCUAGUUUGGACCAUGCAAUCUAUGACCUUUACGAGCCAAGCUUGGAGCCUUGAGUCUGUAGCAGAUGUCAAAAUAAAAUUAUAGUGGUUCUGUAACAUUUUGAACCUUGCGUACAUUUAUGCUACUGCCCACUGAGUUGCAGUAAUACACCUGCAUAAUGAAACGUAUGCUUGUUACAAUAAUGCACGUACCAAUGUUAGAAAUACAACACUCUUGACCUCUAUCUUGGGUCUCUUGAAUCACAAAAGCCAACCUAGAGAUCAAAUUGGCAAAUACUGAAUUAACAUAUUCAGCUGGAUGCCCCCCCUGGGGAAAAUGCCCAUCAGCUAUGACGUAAGAACCUUGUAACUGUCACCUAAUGCAUGUACCAGAUUUGAAAGAAAGAAACACUUCUUGAGCUCUGACUAGGUCUGUGAAACACGAAAGCAGACCUAUGGAUUAAUAUGACAAAAUACUUGUAAAUAGACAACCAAAUGCAACCUGGAAGAAAAACAAACCUUCAUACUGUCCAAAAGCACUAACAGUCUUCACAGAACAUAAAUUAAGAUAUGGCAAUGACAUUCUAACAUACACGGAACAGUGAUAUGAGACUAUGUGUAACAAUGUCGGUGACAGGCCCGGACUGACCAUCGGCCCUGCUGUGUGCCUCCGUGGGCCGGUGGGGAGAUCAAAGAUCUCCCUCACUGCCCACAGGCAGUGUUACAGGCGGCCGCCGGCUGGGGAGGGAGGAGAGAGGACCCGGCAGAGCUCUAACAAGCAGCUCCGCCGGUCCUCUCGUGGGAUUCUGAGCAUUGCAGGUUAGAGUUCACUCUCACCACUGGACCACCAGGGAAGGCAGCAUGGCUCUCCACCCCCCAGGCAUAACGGAUCUCCUACCUCCCCCCCCCUUCCAGGAUAAAGGUAAGAAGGGAGGGGGGGAAAUAAUUUUUUUUUAUUAGUAAAAAAAAUAUAAAUUUAAAUAAAAAAUACAUUCACUCACACACACACAGCACCCCCCAGACACACACAGCACCCCCCAGACACACACACACCCCCAGACACAGCCCCCAGACACAGCACACCCCAGACACACACGGCGCCCCCAGACACACACACACACUGCACCCAGACACACACAGCACCCCCAGACACACACAGAACCCAGACACACACAGCACCCAGACACACAGCACACCUAGACACACACAGCGCACCCCCCAGACACAGCACCCAGACACACACAGCACCCUCACUCACACAAACAGAACACUCCCACACAUAUACAUAUAUAUAUAUAUAUAUAAAAUAACCCUCAUUGAGUUAACAGACAAAGAAAAUUAGAAACCUAGAAUGUGACAGCAGAUAAAAACACCCUCACACACACACACUGCGCCCCUCACACAUAAAAUAAGUCCAAAUAUAUAUAUAUAUAUAUAUAUACACAUACACACACACACACUACAGCACCCCUCACACUGCACCACUACACACAUUACGCUCCAGAUACACACUAGAUCCCUUACCCUAUAUGCACUCUUAAUCCUCUACACACACACACACACACACAGGGUCCUUUACACAGUAGAUCUCCUACACACACACACACUACAUUCCUUGUCAGCAAACACAUACAACAUUCUCUAAACACACCCUCUCUGCAACCCCUACACACACUACGUCACCUAUACACACACACUUCAGCCCGUAUGCACACACUCGCUGCAUCCCCUAUAAAACUAUGCCCCCUAUACACACACUCUCUACAGCCCCUAGCCACACAUAUUACACCACAAACACAAAUUAAAUUGACCUAUUUAUACAAUACCACACCACACUCUACACACACGCAAUCCCACAAGCAGGCUCCAAACAUAUGUACCAUGCACUUUCCUGGCCCUUUUGUCCUCUGGUAUCCCACUUGUGGAGACACCAGAGACAAUUUAAAAGCAAACACAUGUAUGUACGUAGUGGGGAAUCGCGAUGCAGCCUAGAACAAAUCUAGCCCCAUUAAACCCCCCAAUAACGACAGACAACUUAGUAUGGAUGAACAGGCCACAGCAUUUAUUAUAACAUAAAUAAAUUACUGCAUAACACAUCCAUAACUUUUUAUUAAAUCUCUUCUUUCUGUAACGAAAUAAAUAAUCAUAAAUUAACAUAUAAACAUAUUACUCAACACAGUGUUAUGCAGUGACCCAACCGUCCUUGCCAAUAAACAUACAGUGGUUCCUAACCACCACUUCCUCUCACCUCCCCCCUCGUCAUAAAUCAUCUCUUUCCAAUGCCCGCCAUCAGCCGACCUUAUCCACGCUCGAUGGGCACGACACCUCAGGCAACCUAAUGUUAACCGUUUGAAGCAGGGGAGGUUGAGACCUGCAAACAUAAUGAACUUACUCCAUCCUUAAACAUAACCCUUCAAACUUAAUUGGCAAGGACAUACCCCUGCCACCAGACCCGUUGAUUUACCCCUAAAUCAGCGGGGAACCCCACCAAAACCCUCCAUGGCCUGUUCCACCGCCUCCUGUAGGGCGAGAUUAAAAAGGUCGAGCCCGACCUCCGUCAGGUGCACACCAUCCCUUCGAAAAAAUGCAGCCGCCUCACGCUCAAAAACCGUAUGGCGGAUAGGAAUCCCCCGAACCCCCAAAACAAACUGGGAAACCCGCCUGUUAAACUUGCGCCUGCAGCGUUCCACGGCACUCUGGCUCCUAGCGCCACGCUAAUAGUUACGGGCAAUGACUUCUGACCAGAUCAAGCGCACGUUGGGGAAUAGGACUAGAAUGCGGGCUAAGUCCCGCUUCACCACCGAAAUCAAAUCCCAGAUGGGCACUGAACCCAAAUCGUUCCCCCCUAAGUGGAUCACCAGGACACUCGGUACCCCUAGUAGGUGAGAAAGCUGCACCAACUCAGGGAGGAGCCGAACCCACCGCAUACCCCUCGCACCGAACCAUCGAACCUCUGCUACGGAAGGCGUGAAACCCAACCGCUCGCCUCCAGGCCGCACCGACGCACGCUGCCUAGCCCAGUAAACAUAAGAGUGCCCGAUGAUCCAAAUCCUGGGGGGAACCGAAACUAUGGAAAGAAAUUACGACAGUAAACCCUCCGGCCGAACAUAGGAAACAGAACGUCUUGAUUCCCACCUACCAAUCCUCUAAACCACCUGCACAGGCAUGCCAAGCCUAGAGGCCUCAGUAGCCGCCCCAAUACGGAACGAGUGGCCCCCGAACUCCUUGCCAACCAAACCCAUGGCCUCCAGCCCCAAACGAAACACUCGAAUAAACUGAAAAUGCGACAGGAAACUCCCAUCCCUAUGUACCAGGAGAGGCAGUGCAGUAGCAGGCCGCAAGGCGCAAUAUUCCCCAAAGGACCACACAGGACAAAUGCCAGAACCAGGCACGGCCCCCAACUGGACCCACUUACCCCUACCCAAAACAUCCGUCUUAGAGUGGCGGAUCCUGAACGAGAUCCCAUCCGCGGUGCACGUAACGUCCUCAAACAGCACACCCCCUACCUGCUGCCGAUUGGGGCACACCAGCUCCCCAAUCCGCAUGGCACCAAAGAAUGCCAGGGAAAAGGCCAGGCGAAAAAGCCGAACCUCGAAAUCCGAAUGGCAAACCCCAUGCAGCGCCUCACACAACGAGGUUAAGAGCGUGCCCGAGACAGGAUGCCUUGAAUCCCGUGUAGACACCCUACCUCGCCUCAAACCCUUCAGCACCUGGCGUACAAGAAACGCCUUGGUAGCGUCCUCCCAACCCUGCAGCUUAAACAGGAAGCUAAGCCCCGCUAGGCGCGCCGAAAUGGCCGAGGGAGACAGCCCAAUGGCCUCCCACUCCCCCAAGAGAAGCACCAGACCCUGCAGACGAGUGACCGAAUCCUGGAAGCCCCCUUUGGACCUCUCCCACCCGUCCCAUUCCCUCCAAACCUUGUUAUAGCGGUCCCAUGUGGCAGCAGCAACCGACCUACGGACCAAUUCCAUUAAUCUGUCAGGCCCAAUGACCACAUCUCUGUCGGACACGGGACACCCUCCAAUUCGGCUUGCGGGGCCACUGCCCGAAACACGUCCCACUGUGAACGAGAGAGAGCAUCGGCCAUCACAUUACGAACACCCGGUAUGUGUACAGCCCUACAAUACACAUUCAGCUCCAGACAGCGCAAAACUAGGCACCGCAGCAAGCGAACCACGGGGGGGAGGAAGCCGACUGUUGGUUAAUGGCCUGAACCACCCCCAAGUUAUCGCAAUGGAAAACCACCCGCCUGUCCCCCAGCAAGGAACCCCAUACCUCCAACGCUACCAGAAUAGGAAAGAGCUCCAGAAACGCCAAGUUCCGAGUGAGCCCCGCUGUGUGCCAGGACUCGGGCCACGAGUCAGCGCACCAUUUGGAGCCCAGGACGGCCCCAAAACCGGCUGAGCCAGCCGCAUCUGUAAACAGAUGUAGGUCCGCAUUAGAAACCUCCGGGGCCUGCCAGUACGACCUCCCAUUAUAUGAGGCCAAAAAGGAAUCCCAGACAGCCAAAUCAGCCCGCAAGGGGCGCGUUAGCCGGAUAAAGUGCUGCGGGCGAACGACCCCAGAUGUCGCCGCCGCCAAGCGCCUGUUAAAGAUACGUCCCAUGGGCAAAAUCCUGCAAGCGAAAUUGAAUUUUCCUAGCAGAGAUUGCAGGCCACGCAGCUGGAUUUUCCGCCGCCCUAGAGCCUGCGAAACCGCCAGGCGCAGGUCCAGGACCUUGUCCUGGGGUAACCGACAUUCCCCGGCUACCGAAUCGAUUUCAAUGCCCAGGAAACUAAGGCACGUGACCGGACCCACCGUCUUUUCAUGAGCCAACGGAACACCAAAAUGCUGAAACACCUCCCCGAGAACCCGCAACAAGAGGGCACAGACGUGCGACUCCGCCGGCCCUACGCACAAGAAGUCAUCUAGGUAAUGCAGAAGGGAAGAGACCCCCGCUUCCCUCCGCACCACCCAGUCUAAAAAAGUGCUAAAGCACUCAAAAUAGAAACAUGACAGAGAGCAACCCAUAGGUAGGCACAUAUCCACGAAGAACUGGCCCUCAAAAGCACAGCCCAGUAAAUGAUGGCACUCAGGAUGCACUGGAAGCAACCGAAAAGCAGAUUCCACGUCCGCCUUCGCUAGCAGCGCCCCGGGGCCAGCAGCCCUCACCAUGCGAACUGCAGCAUCGAAAGAGGCGUAGGAAACCCUGCAAAGCUCCGUCGAGAUGUCAUCAUUCACCGAACCCCCCCGGGGGUAAGACAAAUGGUGAAUUAGUCGAAACUUACCGGAUUCCUUCUUAGGCACCACGCCCAAAGGAGAAACCCGCAAGUUAGGCAUGGGUGGGAUGGAAAACGGGCCGGCCAUCCGGCCCAAGGAGACCUCCUUCCCCAGUUUUUCCCGAACCACAUGAGGAAAUUCCCGCACGGACCUGAGGUUCCGAACAGAGUGCUGUGGAGGGCGCUCCGAAAAGGGGAUCCAGAAACCCUGCUCAAACCCUUCCACUAGGAUCCGAGCUGCCGCCCGGUUCCUAUAAAGGUCGAGCCACGGGCGCAUCGCGUUUACGAGCACCGGUGUCGUCGCCCUUAGCCCCCAUGUCCCCUUUUUCGCCCGUUUUCCCACGCUUGAAACAGCGAGAGGCGGGAUGAGCCCCGCUGCAGCUGGAGCACUCGUGCUUAAACCGGCACGAGGACCCCCACUUGCAGUGACUGUCGUUGAACUUCCAACAACAGCCUGUCCUUUGAUUGGGGGCCGAUGGGGCAAAGGAGCCCCCACCGGCCCCCCCAAGAAAGGACGAAACCGCGCCCUGCUGAGGAGCUGGACGGGUCAUAAUUGCGAGCCAGAGACCAAUGUCCAUCUGGUCCCAAGACAACGAAGGACGCACCGCCAGCCGCUGGAACUGCUCGGUACCUCCACCACCCCAGCCCCCCAUAGGUUCGACAGGCGUUCCAGAUCGUGUCCUGAUAACAGAACAACGCGGAACACUUCUGGGGAGCUUUCUCCCCCACCACGCUGGCUAGGAUGGAGAAUGCCCGAAUCCAAUUCCCAAACGUUUUGGGAAUUUUCCGAUAGCGGUAUUUCUCCUUGUCUUUUUCAGACUCCUUACUGUCUUUCUCUGUCACGGGAGGAGCUUCCACCAGCGGCAGGAGAGAAAAUAUCUCGACGAACUCACCCUUCCAAAUUUUUUCCCUUGUUUCCUGCUUUAAGUGCAGACCCAGAGGGCCAGACCAGCACAUAUAGGCUGCGCCACGCGCCACGUCUGCCACGCCCGCCUCAGGGGGAGCGUCACCCACGGGCGCACAAACAUCAGCCUCCGUGGGUCCCAGGGGCAACGAACCACUACCCACUACUGAAAGGGGCCUGGGAGGAGGGGGAAUCGGAACUGCGGGGGGAAACUGCACGGGGGACCAAACAGAUCGCAGCUGCCUAUCUACAGAGGUGUCCCCUUUUCCCGCCGCCCCCUGUUCCCAUUGAUCUAACAAACCUCGGAGACCUGAAAGAAACCCCCCCAACCCGAGACCCGAAGCGGCAAUAGAGGAGGGAACAUUGUACUCACCGGCAGCAGCGUGGCGAUCCAAACCCUGCGCUGCAUUCAUGGAAGACUGAGGCACUGAAAAUUGGGUUCCAGCAUCCAGAGAAGAGACUAGCUGUGUUCCAGGCGCCACCUGCUGGCCGGAUCCACGAACUGCAGCAGUAUCCUGAGGAGAGAGCAGCGAAGAGGACGUGAGCCCAUGCCCCAGAGGAGAUGGCCGAGGUAAGUGACCUGCAGGGGGUGGAGGGGGCCCAGGCAAGGUAAGAGGGGGGGUGGAGAACAGAGGGGGCCCAGAUAGAGUAGGGUAGCCACCAGGGGAGGGAGAGACAGACACAGGAGGGGGCAGGGAAGGAGGAAGAAGGGGGGGGACACCCACAGAAGAGAGAGGGGGAGGGAGGGGGGAAGAGGAGGCCAGAGAAACGUGAGGGGGACCCGGGGGCCUUCUCAGUGGGAAGUUGGGCCCCCCAGGGGACCCCCUCGCGGAACACACAUGGGAGGGGGAGGGGACAGGAGAGGGAGAAUACCGGGAGCCUUCCUCACUGUCAGAGGAGGCUCCCGACAUACAAGGGGACCCCCCACGCACCCCCAGCGGCGGUACCACGGUACCCCGCGUGCCCCCACUCACCACCGGGGCCCCAGCGGCAGCCCCAUGCCCCCGCCGGCCGCGGGGGGAUCUGGAAAGUUGCCGGGCGGUCGCCCGCCGCCCGGAUGCAGCUGCAGGCCUCCCACCGCCCCCGGACCGCGUCCCCAUGCUGGCGGCCGGGGCGGGAGGCAGGGGAACCGGCCGGGCACGUGGAGCCCGCCGGGUAGGCCGCGCACCAGGCCGCAGGGCGCGCGGCAGAUGAAGGCCUCACCUCAGGCCUUGAGGGGGCAGGCUGCACCGCACGUGCAGCCGCGGAAGGCCGCACAUCCCGGCCACUGGACCCAGGCCGCGUGUCCGGAGCCCCAGACACGCGGUCCCGGCGAUGCCUCGGGCCCGGGCUCCUGCUCCUCAACCGGGCCCAAGGGGUAUUAUCAGGAGAGAGCCUGGCAGGCGGACAGGAACGCCUGCCAGUGCUGGUGCGGCCCCCAGGGGCAGGGGCCGCAUGGGAGGCAGCAGGGGAGACCGCAGGGGGUGCUCCAGGGGAGGGUAGGCCACGGGGGGGUGCCCACACCGGCAGCCAUACCUCCACUUACGAUCUGGAAUUGCUCCCUUAGUUGCCGGCCACCAUCCAGCGCAGCAGCAGCCCUGAGGGACGACAGGAUCGCCUCGACAUCCAUCACCUCAAGCUGUGAAGACUAAAGGCCCAGGCAAACAGGAGCAGGAGGACAGGAAGCUGUGUGCUGGCCCAAAUCUCAAGUGGCACUGAGGUAAGACCUCCCCCACGCUAACUUAUAUUGAACCUAACCCCUCCCACACACACUACCCAAGUCACUCCCUUGCAUCUAUCCCCACACUCCUACAUGUGCCCUUGUCCGCUUAGCUGCGCUAUCUCCCCAGGGUCUGUGCAAGCAUGUUAUUAAAUUUGCUUGCGCUGCGCAGAACAAAUUCAGGGACUUUUUCUAAUGCCAGAGCUCUUCAGCAGGGCUCUGGGCAUUGAACCAGCAUGCUCACUUUGAGAGGGGGCAUGUUGUCAUUAGUGAUGACAAAACACAUACUCUUUGGCCCCGCCCCCUUCUUAGGGGGCCGCUCUGAUUGAAAAAUGCCCGGGCCUAAUUUUUUUCCCAGUCCGGCCCUGCUCGGUGAGCUAGGUCUGGUGCCCAGACCCUGUGAGCCAGUUCACGUACCAUCUAUGGGAUAAAUUGGCAAAUUAUGUAAUGGUUAGAUACUAACCUUGAUAGUGGUUAUACCCAGGAACUUGAACCUAUAUGUAUAUAUGUGUAGAAAGGCCAUUAGGCCUGAAUUUGUGGGAGGAGUAAGUCCCCUACUUAAACACCCAGCCCCUACUCACCUCUGAUGUUCGAGUUCAAGUGUUCCUUGUUCUACUUCCGGUUCGCGAGUCUUCGCGUUUGCGUCAUUUCCGGUCCGGGCGUCUCGUGUAUCAGCUGCACGGCUGAAUCCUCCGUGCUACCGGCGGUCCGGCAGAACCCUCACUGCUACCGGCGGUCCGGCAGAACCCUCACUGCUACCGGCGGUCUGGCAGAACACUCACUGCUACUGGCGGUCCUGGCAGAACACUCCGUGCUACCGGCGGUCCUGCUUCCUAAUCGUGAGUCCUCUCAUUCCGGUCCCCUCCACAUCGCUCUGUGGUUCAGCAGGGGGCCGGAACACUAAUGUCAGGGAAAUCUUACCGGGGACCAACCACUCUCGCCUCACGCCAGCUUCUAGUCGGCCUCUUUCAUACACCCGUCUGGGGGGUCCUACACCCCUCCCCUCAUCCCUUCACGGUCUUAAAAUCAGUUUAAAAUGUUAAUUGAUGCUAGGGGUAUAUAUUUAAUUCCAAACUCAUGCUGUUAUAAGAGGCUAAGCUUUUUAUUGUAUGGGAAAAAGAAGGCUUGCCAGUUUUUCCAUAUUAUGUAUGAUAUAGGUAUUACAUAAACGUUCAUUCAUACUUUUCCAUAUAUUUUGUGUAUCAGUUCACAGACCUAGUUUAUUGAGCUGACAUCGCCACCUAGUGGUUUUUUAUGGUACUUACUGUUUUAUUCUGUAUAAUAUGCAGCUUCCCUGCAAUUAAAUUACUAUUUACACAAUGUUAUACCAUGCCUUAAAACAUGCAAAUUAAUCUCAGCCCUGAUAAAAAAAAAUAAAAAAAAUAAUAAUAAUCUCUUUGAUCUCCACAGAUCGCACUUUGCCAUAUAUUACGGCUACAUUGCAAUUAAAAACCAGGGUUCUUAUCCUUAAAUCCAGGUUUUCCUUUCUACGAUAGCACCAACCGUUUCGCUCAUUCUAUAUUUCAAAACCCUGACUCUUGUCCUUUAAUCCAGGUAUAGUAUUUAUUUUACUUUAUUUUCUGUUUGAUGAAACUCAGGCAGCCAACAAUUUACAUUUGUCAACUCACUCUGCGCUCAUACGUUACGCCACUCAGAUUUACAUCUGUCUCAAACCCUUAGGUUCUACUACGAUUGCAUCAACAACUUGCCCCAUCUAAAUUCGGAGAAAACCUUGCUAUUUGUACCUUAUCCAGGUAUAGUUUUUUCUUUAAUCUUCAGUACGUUACUUCAGUUUCCCAAGAAAAGGCCGCAGACAGCCUUCACGGUCCAUUUUGCCACUCAUUUACCCGUCCAUGCCCCCCAUUAACUCAUAUUGCGCCCAUCCGCCACGCUCACUUAGAUAUACAUCUGCCUCAAACCCCUUAGGCUUCUGCUACGACAUCACCAGCCACUGGACCUCUCUCUCUUACACUUGAAGAAACAAGUCCACGGGUAUAAUCUCUAUCAAGGUUAGUAUCCUACCAGCACAUAAAACGCCAAUUUAUCCCAUAGUUGUUACGUGAACUGGCUCACAGGGUCUGAACGUCAGACCUAGCUCACCGAGGCAUUUACAAACCAUCUCCCAAACCUCAACACGGAGGUAUGGCCCUACGCCCAAAUCAUAGUUAAUCGCCUCAUUUGCUCUUCUAAAGGGCCGUAGUCAGGGCCUCACUCGUCACGGCCACACGUUUGAACCUUUUAAAAGUCACAGAGAGGCCAACAUCCCGCCAUCACAUCUGUGGCAACAUAAUCCACUUCGCCCAAAUCAUAGAUAGAGCCUCUCACCGCCACUUGGCAUUAGCAGGGCCUCAACAGUCACUAGUCAAGUUAAGUUUUUCGCUUUGGCAUUAAUCCUACAGCCCAGUUCACAUAAGCAAUUUCCCCCCCCCACCCCAUGAAAUAGUGUCUCAGACGCCCCUACUAAACCCAACUCAUUUAAUUCAUUUCUAGAAUGUCGCAAGACACAUCUCCCAUGGACGAAGUACCUGAUGAGGAUAUAAUAUCAACUCCUAUCAGACCAGAGUCCCCAGGAGUAUCUCUCGCCCGUUCUACCCCUACGUCUUUGAGAGCAUGGACUAUACCUAAAAUCACGGCCGAACUUAGGCUCAGGAGCAUCCCCUUUCUGGCUACGGCCCGAAAGGCGAAAUUAUACAGACUGUUGACUAACCAAGCCCCAGAGCCUAGGCCAGGCACAAGCUCUCAAAGUCAAGCUUCUGGCGCUGGCAUUGCCACCCAGGACACCCUUGCCACAAUCCUGGCCAACCUGCAGACCUUAAACAGCAGGUUAAGCAAGGUGGAAAGUGCCAUAGCCUCCCCAGGUAACCUUCCUGUUUCAAUAGCCCCAAUCCCGGCUGUACCUAUGGCACCAACACCCGUCCCUACACUUCCCCCUCCAGCUCCUGCUCCAGUCAUGUCACCUUUCGUGUCACCAGCUCACUCCGUCCCAGACUCCAUUAGGAAGGAAAUCCUAGAUGGGAAGGAUGUGUGUCUGGUGUCAUAACUUAUUGUCUCCCAAGACGUACUGGAGAACAGGGCUUAUUUUGGCGAUAUCUCGGUGGUUCUUAAAACCAGAGACCCAAGGCUCAACAAAAAGUUGUCAAUUCCCAAUUUCGUGUUGGCCUUCGGGAUAUACCGGGAUGUCAUCUGCUCGGUAUAUCCCCACAGGAGAGAGGAACUGGACCUCUACCUCCAUAAAGUGGUGGAUUUGGGCGUUAAGUACGGGGGCUCAUCGUUUUACGAUUAUCAUAAAUCAAUAUCAGCGAAAGCGGCGACCCAUCUGAAACAGUUUAAUGCAAGAAUUAACUGGUGUCAGAUGGAUACAGAACUAUUCUGUCGCCACUUCGCUGGUCUGAGGCCCCCGUCUUGCGCCAUAUGCAAUUCCUCAACCCACUUGGCUGAUUAGUGCCCUUCUAUGGCUGACCCAUCCACCCCCACUCCCACCCCUCAAUCCUCUUCCACUCCUCACCCUAAACAGGAAGGCGGACAGAGGGAUAAGCUAGGGAGGCCCAUCUCCUUUUUGGGGAAGGCGCAGGUGUGCAACAACUUCAAUGCAGGUUCCUGCAGCUUCAGCGCUUGUAGAUUGUUGCACAUCUGCUCCAUCUGUUUCAGGGCACACACUAAGACCAUGUGUCCGGCCAGGUUGUCCCCUAACAAAUGACUAACCGACGUUAAUAUCGACAACCUGGCCUUUUACCUUAACCCCUUAAGGACACAUGACAUGUGUGACAUGUCAUGAUUCCCUUUUAUUCCAGAAGUUAGGUCCUUAAGGGGUUAAAGAUCACCCAAGUAAACAUCUGGUGGAGUAUCUUAUAACAGGGUUUACCCAGGAUUUUCACACGGGUCUCGUGACUAUCCCCUCAGGGAUACUGGAAUGCCCUAAUCUCCUAUCAGCCUGUCUAGACCCGGAGGCCACGGACGUUCUCCUCUCCACAGAAAUAACUCAAGGGUUCAUGAUCGGCCCCUUCACCUCCUCACCGUUUUCCUCCUGGCGCACUAACCCUAUCGGUAUAGCUGUACACAAAUAUUCAAAUAAAAAACGUAUGAUUAUUGAUUUAUCGGUACCGCACUCCUCUUUUGUUCCUAGCAUAACGCACUCAUCCCCGCAGACGAAUUCUCACUACAAUACGUUAAAAAUAGACGACGCCAUAUUAUCCAUCAUAUCAACUGGCAGCAACGCUCGGCUUAGCAAAACAGACAUUACCAACGCUUUCAAACUACUGCCCAUACACCCAUCACUUUGGCACUUGCACGGUGUUAAAUGGCGAAACAGGUACUAUUUUUCCACCCGCCUCACUUUCGGUUCCAGAAGCAGCCCCAAACUCUUUGAUAUUUUCGCGGAAACGCUAUGCUGGCUGCUUCUGAACAUUAUUAGGUGUCACGCCGUCAUUCACUACUUGGAUGACUUCCUCAUCAUAGAACCUAGCACACGCACACUCACCGAUAUCCUCAGCACCUCUGCACUUUUCUCCACCCUCGGGGUAUCUUUGUCUCCCGCUAAAACAAUUGGCCCCACCACUAAACUCACUUUCUUGGGCAUAGAGCUAGACUCUGCUACCUUCCGCGCCAGCCUUCCCACUGAAAAACUCAUCCGCCUGAGAGGGGAAAUAGACAUGUUCCUAUGGAGCAAUGUAUGCACUAGGAAAGAACUUAAGUCAUUAUUGGGGUCCCUGAAUUUCGCAAUGCGCAUCGUUCCGCAGGGCAGAUCUUUUGUGUCCAGGCUCCUUUGUCUGCUUCACGGGUUACCGGACGCCUGCCCAAUUGCGUUGGACCAGCACGCCAAAGCUGACCUAAUCAUGUGGGGGCAGUUUUUGUCCCUAUGGAACGGUAUCUCCAUGUUUAUUCCCCCCCUCUCAGACUCCUCUCCCUGCAUUUACACUGACGCUGCAGCCAACACGGAUUUUGCAGCUAUAUUUGGUAAUCACUGGUUUAGGGGUCACUGGCCAGCUGAGACGGAUGCCUUGCCGGGGUUUAGAGAAACUUCAGCUCUAUUUGAGAUUUACCCCACUGUGGCAGCCGCACACACUUGGGGUCACCUCUGGUCCGGCAAGGCAGUAAAGUGUUAUUCCGACAGCUCAUCAGCUUGCGAUAUCAUCAACAAAGGGCGCUCAUCCUCUCUUACCAUUAUGCGGCUGAUUCGCAAGCUGACCUGGUUGGCAGCAACCGUCCAGUUCCACCUAAUUUGCCUUCACAUCCCGGGAAUUCACAACACGGCUGCUGACGCUCUGUCUCGAUUUCAAUUUCAGGUGUUUUUCCAGGCACUCCCGUCAGCCCAUCACCAACCACCCAGAACACCGAAUUUUCACGAGCUAAUCUUGGAUUAAAUACACUUAUGCACCACGCUAGGACACUUACGCACCAAGCACUAUCACCAAACACUACUAUCACCUACAGUAGGGCACUCACCAUUUUCAACAAAUUUACUGCCGAAUUCGGAUUACAAGGUGAUUUCUCAACCCAAACUAUGGUGGCUUUUGCCUCUUUUUGCCAUUUACAUUUAAAACUUUCCCACAACACCAUUAAAUUAUACCUCACAGGGCUGCAGCACCACAGCCUCACUAAUUUCCCUAACAACACCCCCUUUUUAUCAUCAUACCCUAUAAAGAAAAUCUUAAAGGGAAUCUCUAAAGUAUCGGUUCCACCUAUCACCACCAGACUACCUAUAGAUGGACCUAUCUUUAGAUUACUGAGCAACCUCCUCGAUGAAUCCCCUUUUGAUCCCAACACUAACCUGGUGAUCAAAUCUGCAAUCUAUUUGGCUUUUUAUGGGUUCCUAAGACCUAGGGAAUUUACUGUCGUUUGUCAAGGGGAUACCACUCACAGCCUCAAAAUCUCACAACUCACAAAAAUAGACUACUACUACAUUCUCACAAUACCUUCUACCAAAACAAAUCAGUCCCUACACCUCCCUAUCAUUCCUCUCUUUCCUACAGACAAUGCUUGGUGUCCAGUUAAGACACUAGACAUAUUACGGUCAGCUUAUAGCACACACCUACCAGACUCACCACUAUUACAACUACAAGGGCACCCACUCACUACAGCAAAAUUCACCACACACGUUAGAACCUUACUGGAAAAAUUGGGUUACAACCCAACUUCAUUCUCCGGGCAUUCCUUUCAUAUAGGAGCAGCUUCAUCAGCUUCUAGUACUAACACACCGGUCCACAUCAUGAAGAGACUGGGCCGCUGGAAGUCCUCUAUAUACAAUACGUAUAUUCCAUGGCCAGAAAGAGAACUUCGCCAAGCCUUCAGGAAUUUAGUUAUGUAAUCAAAUGCAAUAAAGUGUGUUUUUUCGAACUUCUCUUUGCCCUCUUAUUUACAGGCCCACUCGGACGUUGGUUUCGGCACACCACAACCAACUUUUAUCUCGGACAUUAUCCAUUACACAUUAAAUUCCGAGCACAAUUUAUAUAUUUAUGUAAGGGGCAAAUAGCCGUAUAUGGAGUAAGGUUCCAGCAUAAACGUAGGAUAGUAUAAAGGAAGCAAGUCGGUUGUGGGGUGCCGAGACCGACGAUACGGUAGGCCUGUAAAUAAAGAGGGCUCACCAAGGAGUAAGAAAGUAAAGUAAAUGGAAAGAAAAGAGAAAGUGUUGAAAUGAGGAGUGGGUGGGAGGGUCAUUCUGAUGCUGACCUCAAGCGAUAUGGAGUCAGGUAAGGGGUGUCCCUUAUAUAGGGGAGUUAAUUAAUUUAAGCCACUCCCACAAAUACAGGCCACAAGGGCUUAAUACUUGUGUAAGGGGCAAAUAUCCGUUUAUGGAGUAAGGUUCCAGCAUAAGCGUAGGAUAGUAUAAGGGAGCAAGUCGGUUGUGGUGUGCCGAGACUGAUGAUACGGUAGGCCUGUAAAUAAAGAGGGCAAAAAUUAAUAAUCAAAGAUUUAAUACAGUCAACAAAUAUAUACAAAUUAACCAGACAUUUCCUUAAAUGCAUUACGGUAUUUAAUUCCUGGAAGGAUUUUGAAGGUAGGAAUCUAGGACCGCAACUGGACACCAUGAUGAGUGGCGUUUGUUGACAUGUGCUUAGUUGUCUGAGUAACAACUGAUUGAUGACCCUGACCAUGAUUUACCCCAUGCCACAGCAGCUGCUACAAUGGGGUAGAUACCCCAAAAGGGGCUGAGGUGGUGGAAAAAAUUCCAAACCUGGAUGCCAUGGCCAACAGCUCCAAAGCAAUCGUUCCCGGUAGAUCGCUGCCAAACCCGUGUGUCAGGCCGUAUCUGUUCUGGCGUUUCCGGUAUGUGGAGCCGGCCCAGCCCCCUUUAUGACGUGGCUCUCUUACGCUAUAUAGAGAGACUGCGCCAGAUUCAAACCGCUUGGUGAUUCUCUGACCUACUUCCGCAUUCAAACGCCAGCUAAGCUCUUCGUUCACAAAGUUACCAAAUCUUUGACUAUUAUAAAAGAUUUUGCCUUCUCUGUACCUCUGACCACGGAUUGUAUUGGAGUCUCCUGAAAACCGGACUGUGUAUAUCAUUCAUCUCUUGGAUUCAAGCUAUACAUUCCCAUGGAGGACAACUCCCAUCAAUCUUAAGUAUACUAAUUACCCUAAUCUCUGAAGACUUACUUACUAAUGAACUGUUUCUUGCUUGCUAUAAUCUUCAGUUACUUCCUAAUGCAUUGUUACUUGCAUGCUAUAAUCCUCAGUUACUAAAAUAUUAUUGCAUUCAUUAAGACUUCGCUUUCUUCACUAACUGCCUGCAUCCACCACUUUGCUUUAAAGCUACAGUACCCUUAAUAAUUCUCUGCUUUCUUGCUAUUGUAAUUAAGGAGUUCUACAAGCUGCAGUUGAGUUCCAAUUCUAAAACCCCUUGUAGCAUAACACCAUGGUAGACAAUCCUGGAAGGAACAUGCUUUUACCAUGCCAUGUGGUUAAGAAAUUCCCCCCCAUUUGCAGGUCUGCUGUGGCGUCUAGGGACAUCCUCUGAUUGUCAUGUUGGAGGUGUGGAAAAAAGGGGAAAGGACUCUGGGUGUAAAAGCGUGGUCUUGUGGUAUGAUAUGCAUGGCAAAAUUAAGGUACCUGGUAGGGAUUGUAGUUCCUUGCGGUUGUAAGUACUAAGCAGGAGGUAGUGAUGAUGUAGUUGAGAAUGUUCCCUAUUUGUCUUGUGGUAACUUGCAUGUAUGGAUGCCGACUCAAGUUGUAUGCCCAGUAAUGUGAUGAUAGUGUCUGGGCCUUCUGUUUCUCAUGGGGUACUGGGACGCCCAAGUGGUCAACCAGACUAAGCUGCCGUGAGGCUUCUAGUGAAAAAUAUGUUGUCUUUGAUCAACAAGAAGUCUUCUAGAUAGUGUAUGACUGUAAAGCCUCUGGAUAUGUUAUCAUAACCAGCACAGAGUAUCUGCAAAUAUCGAUAGUAGGCUAAUCUGUAGCCCGAAAGUUGAGCGGGGAAAGGAUUGCCCAUUUUAUGCCAUGUAAGUUUCAGUGUGUAGUGUAGAUUGUAGCCGUUUACUGCGUUGAUGAUAUUGGUCUUACUUAACCAAGCUUCAACCCAUGCUUGAGUGAUAGCUGUAAAGGUAGAUCAAUGGUGUUGUAUAGUAAGGAAACUCCUCGGAGGGUAUAAGGGAGUUGAGACUUGGGGUAGCGAAGGUGUGUGGUGCCAGUAAGUCUAUGGUUAGUCUUUGUUUAAGGGAAGAUUCCCUUGUGACAAUACCAAUGUGUUGGUGUUUGGAGCCAUGCUGUAAAUGGUGGAGAUUGGAAAACCCAAGUAAAAACCUCUCUGCAAAUCUUGGCUAUGAGUGUGUUUACAGCCUAUGGUUCUGUUGUGCUGACUGUAAGUGAGGGCAUGCUAUAUUCCUUGAAGGUGUGUUUAUGAUACCUGUAUGGGAGCCCUUUGAAGCUCCAGAGCUUUAGUAAAUCUACUACAAGUCUGGAAGGUGAUGAGUCAGUAGUGUUGAAAAUGCAUUGGUGUGUACAGAUGGUGAGUACCUUUUUUGUAAGUUGUAUUGGGACACAUGGUCAUGUGCCCUGAACCAUUUGAACAUAUAUGCAACAGUCUACAUGCAAUGCAACUACUCAUACCAAUUGUCUCUGGUAGUUCAGAGGUGCUGGUACCAGGAGCCUGAGAGUGCUCGUCUGUUUGUUUGGGACAAAAUCCCUUCUCUAUGGGUACCUGCACAAAUAAACAUCUCUACAUAUUCCAAAUGCCAACACAACUAAGGGAUGGUCAGUUCCAGUUUACCUGGAAUCCCUGGAUCUGACCAUCACAGAUACCAUCACAGAUACAUCACACAUAUAUAUGCCUUGUUUCCCCAAUGUGCUGGGAUCAUAUGUGCAGGGUUAACGUCUUGUGUGUCAUAAGAAUUGAUUGUACCAGGUAACCGAGUUUCGGUUGGUGCUGGUUGUACAGUAGCGUGAGGCCCAGCCUUGUAAGGGCUGUGGUGACCGACUCGAGAUUGCCAGUCUGUCGUAAAUUUUUGGGCUCAUGAGUGAGGCUAGCAUGGCCUGGGUGUCACCUGAGUUGGUGUUGCUGGACCCCUGCCUCCCUGUUGUCCGUUGAUGUAUGGAGGAGUUUGAAUAACUCUGCUUUCCUUGCUGUGGCAGGGUAGGGGAUUUGUCGCCUCCUUAGGUCGGUGGUAAUGUGUGGGAAUGUCCAGGAUCUGAUUGCUGCUGGACUAGCAACAUCUCCUCUGCUUGAAGGUGUUUCAAUUCUAGCCUGGGUGCUAGGAAGAGGUGAUUCUUCACCAUCUUUUUGAGAAAUACUUAAAUAACAAUAAAGAUUGCAAUUAUUAUUUGUAAACAGGGGUCUUGUACUGGCUUGCUAGCUAAGCCACGAGGCGAAACGAUUAGGCUUGAUGUUUUUUGGUGACUGGUGAGGCCCUGCUAGUUGUCAAGUGGCUUGAGAGGCUCUAUCUAUGCUUGGCGCGAGGGGAUUUUGUGUGGCCACCGAACGUUGUGGCAGGAUGUUGGCCUCUCGGUGACAGUAACCAGAAAAUAGGAAGGGGAGUGAAAGGUGAUACAAUGCGAGGCGGCUAGCUCAUGAGUGGCCCGAGGGGUGUAUGCAUCAGAGUGUGAGGCGGGGUGUUGGCUUCGCGGGACCACUAACCGAAGCGUAAUACAGAGAAAAAAGGGGGCAACACCUAUUGGGCCCUAGAACCCUAAUUGCCAGUACGCUAUUACUAUUCCAGGGAAGGUAAGAGAUGGAUAACUACGUGAGCAGGUGUAUGUACCUGGCAGUAUGGUAUUGAACCUGACAAUCCGUAUAGGUUUUUUUAGUAGUAACUGAAUGGAUAAAACCGUUAUGGCAUAAGGAAAUAUGGCAUAGACCAAGCUUAUCUUAAUACGUACAGUAUAUGUGAAAAGUAAAGUGACGUGAUGUGUAAAUAUUUAACAUCGUAGCCAUACUGGUUAAAUAUGUAUCAAUCUUGGGGGGCAGGGCCUGACUGCAGAGAUGAGAGGAAGCAAACCUCAACAGCUCCUGCUGCAAGCACCGAUUAAAGUGAACUUUUAUUGCCCAAACGACAAUUUAUUGAAUUGAGACAGUCACCAAACAAAAGGCGACAACCAGCAGCACGAAUUGAUACCACUUACAAGCCGUUUGGAGCAACAUUUGCCUGAUAGGAGUCUGAGGCCUACAAGCAUGGCGAGAGCAGGGGAGACGGCCGCUCUUCUGCCGCCACGACUGAUUGAGCUUCUGUACCAGGGUCCCCGUCCCCCCCCCUAUGGACCGGCGGGGGUCAUCCCGGUCUACCCCCAAAACGUGAGCACUCACCCACAACUUAAAUCAGGUCGCAACCCUGACUGGCGGGAGACAAGAGGACUCACUAAGAUGGCUGACGGCACAAGCACCCACUGACUGGGCCGCAGCCUUCCAGACGAGGUUCGACGCCAUAUGCAGGCAAUUCUGGGACCGUCUGGAGGAUCAACACCAGCUGCCAACACCACCACGGGCCAGCGGAGGGACCAAGGCACCCGCAGCAUGGGAGCCAGCCAGAACUCCAUAUCCAGACCGGCGCAAGACCAAGGCGCAGCCGGAGGGGCCCCAACCGGGCAAAGCUACAGCUAAGCCAACGAAAAACAAGAAUGACAGCCCACCUGGGAUGAGAGUCAUAAGGAGUAAGACCCCCACAAGCCACACACACCUGCGGAAGACAGCAAAGCAUCCACGGAAGCGUCGAAGUGCUGCCCUACGCAGCCCCACAACGGGGAAGGACCAGGCCCCAAAACGGCGACGGGUCCGUGAAAUGGUGGUACCGGCUCUCACAGAGAGUCUCGGGGCUGGAAGGGUGCACCACCUGGAAUACACAGAGAAGCCCGUGUGAAUGCAGAGGGCCCCGCGGCGUGGAUGGGUGGGCUCACUGACAUCCACCCCACACCUGUACUCACAGCCUCCAGACAGGGCAUCGGAUGAUCUAUUACCCAGCAGCUCCCAGGGACUAUGUGGCAACGCAAAGCUGAGGCGUUGGCUGACCGUGCAAAUUGUUCCCCAGCACGGUACCCAUGCCAUCCGCUAGGACAUGCAACAACAGCUCAACCCGUCUGUACCCAGACAAACAAAGCUGUUGACUAUGUGCUUAAACUUUGUUUUUGGUUUUUCUUUUUUAUGUUUUUAGUUGCCUGCCUAUGCCAAUACAUGCUAUAUUACAAGAGAGGCGUUAUAUGACUCCAGCUAGCAUGUUAUACGAUUCCAGCCAGCAUGUUACACAACCCCAGGCAGCAAUAGAGAGCCUAGCAUAGCCUAUACAACUACACACUAGCUCCACUGAACUCGCUCAGGCUAACAAACAAAUCAGUGAGUCAGGUGUUAAACCUGCUAAUAGCUUGUUUUUAUCUAUCUACAUAACCUGUGACGGCGUACCUAACCUGUUAUUAUACUCCUAGCAAGCAUGUUAUGUGAUUAAAUCAGCGUCCGCAAGUCUAGCAUGAUCUACACAUAUGUGAAUGAUUCCUGCUAUCAUAUUUUGAAUUUUUCUGCAUGUUUAACUACUUACUAUAAAAUCGUACACACAGGCCACAGACUGUUUUGCCGCUCGAAUACCGGAAUCAUUGACAGUUUGAUUGACCUAUCUUAGAACAGUUAACUGUAUAGCAUUAUCCAGACUAGUCAUACUGCCAGAUCAUACGCAACAUUAAGUUGCAUCAGUUACUCUUAUAAUUCCCACUACAUUAUGCAUACUGAUGUUACUGCUUGUCACUCUGGUGACUUGGGCUUGUACUAUGCUGUUGUGGCAUCGUCAGCUUUUAUGUUAUCUCGUGCACAAAUAAAAUAAAGAUUUAAAAAAAUAAUAAAAAUGUAUCAAUCUUAACCCAUUAAGUGCCGUAUGCACAAGUGAAAAAGAGGUCUGUCCCCACCUUGUAUGUUGUAUGUCCCCUUGCUAGGGGAAAGUCUGUUGUGCGAGCAGCGUGCUGUGAAAAAUGCAUAUGAACUGUAUUACCAGUUACGUAUAUGCGUCUGCUACGGUGUAAUAAUAUGUGUAUUUAUACCAGAUGUUGAUAUACUAAUUGCUAUGUGAAUUGUUGUAUGUCUUAUUGAAUGGUAGGGGUCAGUGAACAUGGUGUUGGAAAAAUGCAAGUGCACUGGAGAUCUGCCGAGUGCCCUAUAGGUGGCAGUGUAGUUGAUACUGAUUGGUAUGUGAAAUGUUGUUUGUCUAUUGACCUAUAGGGGUCAGUGUUUUGGUGUUUGUAAAACCCCAUGAAAAUUGUCAAUGUACUUGACAGACCUGUAGGUGGCAGUGUUGAUAGAACAACUGUUGGUCUUGAUGUGAAAUGUAAAUUAUUGUGAAUUAAACCUGAAGUUGAGCUUCAUAAAUUAUGUUUAAAACAAUCUUAUGUGUAAUUUAUAUUGGCUGGUAAAUUGUAUAUGACAUGUGAAGAAAGUUUUGCUGUUGACCAGUAAGUUUUGCUGAUUGUAUGGUAAAAAUACCCUUUAACCCCUUAAGGACCAAACUUCUGGAAUAAAAGGGAAUCAUGACAUGUCACACAUGUCAUGUGUCCUUAAGGGGUUAAUCCAAAUGCAAGGUUAACAUGAGAUUUUGAGAAUGACCUGUAGGGGUCAGUGUGGUUUAUGUGAAACAUUGUUCGUGAGCUAUGCCCCAGCAUUAUAGUUGUAUUACAGGGAAACGAACAGUGCCCGUUUGACAAUAUACAAUAUGUGAACAUAAUAGCUUAAUAACAGUCAUUGUAACAAACCAAAGUUCUGUUCGUGGGUUGUAAACGCAGGAAACGUGUGUAGUACAAUAGUAAAUGCAUGAACAAUUUGGUAGAAAAUUGCACGAACCGUGAGCCUGGUUUGUCAGGGAAACAAAACGAAACGAGCAGUGAGAUUCAAAAUGCUCGCACAGAAUUGCCUAGUAUGUUUAGGCAAUUGAAACAGAAUGUGUUCCCGUUCGGGAGUAUGCUAAUGCUCGAAAUGAGCCAGUGACAGAUAUAAACAAGUGAGUUUAAACGAAUGAUAUGCAUGAACAUGCAAUGGUUUUAAAACAGACAGACAAAAUGCAGCCGUAAAGUGAGGACCUGACUCCUGCAUGGUGCCGUGGGACUGAUGCCUGGCGUAACGGGUAGGUCGACUUACGGUUUGUGAGUCACUUGGACGCCAUCCACAGCGAUGAAUUGAAGAAAGAAGGUGGUAGGCCGGAAAAGCCUGUGGCUGGAUUCCUGACACAGCUCAGCUUAGAAAACCUCAUGGUGUAAUCAGGUAAAAUGGUGUCUGGAUGACCCGGAAGUGGAAAUCAUUCUGAUGCUGACCUCAAGCGAUAUGGAGUCAGGUAAGGGGUGUCUCUUAUAUAGGGGAGUGAAUUAAUUUAAGCCCCUCCUACAAAUAUAGGCCAAACGGCCUUAACACAUGAAAAAAAAUAUUUCUAAAAUACAAAUAAAAACGAUAACUUUGGCCAGCGUUAGUGUGACUAAGUGGCUACUACAAAAGACUGGACAUACCCCAUUUUGAAUACAGUGGGUUAACUACUUUUACAAGUGGUAUACCACGAUGGGGUUAAUUUUCAUUCCUGGGUUGCUAUACGGUCUGAAAGGCAACAUAGGCCCAGCAAACCAAUCCUGCAAAUUUCAAUGUGCAAACAUGGAAAAGCCCUAUAUUUGACCCCUGAAGGUUUGCAAAAACCCAUAAAACCUGUACAUUGGGGGCACUGUUGUACUCGGGAGAUGCUGAAAACAUAUUGGGGUGUUCUUUGUCAGUAACACAUAGCAGGAACUGAGAAUCCAUGCCUAAAGUACAAUGUGAGAGAAAGAUAACACAAAUAAAUGACUACCCAAAAGGUUGACAAAGACUGGUGGUAGAAUUAGCGCAUGGAAAGUGUUAAAAUACCACCAUUUGAAAUACACUACGGUGUCUACUUUUCAAAAUAAUAUGGUUUGAUGGGGUAAAUUACAUUGUUCGGCUUCAAAUGUCCCAAAUAUGACAUGGGUGCAUGAUGACCUGCUAAUAAAAUUCCAAGUUGGCAAACUGGAAUACGCACUCUCCAAAUACGGUCUUUUAGCCCUCAGAGAAUCCGAACCACCUAUACAUGGGGGGUAUCACUGUACUCAGUAGCUGUUGCUGAAUACAUAUUGGGGUGCUUUUUGGCAGUAACCCUUAAAGUUCUCCAUACACGUAUUUUUAAAUUGCUAUGUAUAUAUAAAAAAAAUCACCAAUUUUAUGGUUGCAAGAAAAGAGUCAAGAUACCCCGGGUUUCAUACCUUAGGUUGUCUUCUUUUAAAAAAAGAUAUACAUGUGAAGGGUUAUUCAGGGAUUCCUGACAGAUUUCGGUGUUACAAUACAACUUCAUUUUGAAAGAAAAAAAAAAUGGUUUGGAAAUAGCAAAGCGCUACUUGUACUUAUUGCCCUAUAACUUUCCAAAACAAGCUAAGAACAUGUUAACAUUGCUCAUUUCUAAACUCAGGCCAAAAUUUAGAAAGUAUUUAGCAUGGGUGUUUUUUGGCGAAAAAGAUUUUGGGGAUCAAAGUUAAAAAAAAAGUGUGUUUUUUAAAAAAAAUUUUCAUCAUAUUUUAUAAUUUUUUAUAGUAAAUUAUAUGAUAUGAUGAAAAUAAUGGUAUCUUUAGAAAGACCAUUUAAUGGCGAGAAAAACUGUAUAUAAUAUGUACAGGUACAGUAAAUGAGUAAGAAGAAAAUUACAGCUAAACACAAACACCGCAGAAAUGUAAAAAGAGCCCUGGUCAUUAACGGUAAAAAAUUUGAAAACCGGUCUGGUCACUUAGGGGUUAAUAAAUUGAUACCGCUGAUAACUGGGCGGCCCAGAGGGUCAGUUAGAACCUUAUGGAUCUUGGGCAGAAAAUAAAAAAACUGGCACUUUACAAAAAGGAUUAAAAAUAAAAUGAAAUUCACCUUUGUUUAUUACUCCACCAUCUAGACCUGUCAUUAAUAGUUUCCUCUGUUCCUGCAAAAACGUGAAAGUAGGAUUUUUGUCCAAAAUGUUAUUGGUAUUGUAAGCUUCUUUCAUACAAUAGGACUUGUUCAUAAUAACUAUACCAACUCCCUUAUCCACCUCUAAUCACUAAAUCAUUAUUGUCAGUUACGUUUUUAGAACGUUUCUCUCCUUUCUUUUGAUAGAUUUGGUUUAAAAUUGGUAUCUCCUACUUUUUCUAAAUCAUAGUGGACUAACUCAUUAAAAAUACCGAAGUAUUUCCUCUUAGAAAAACAAUGAAGAAGAAAAAAAAAAGAUUUUUGUUUCAAAUUGUUUUUUUUCCUGCCAUAGUGUCAUUACUUAAAGGUUUCAAUAUGCUUACUUUUGUCUUUAUUCUCAAAAAGUCUCUUAAAGGUUAAUUUUUUUUAUGGUUAUAUUUUUAUUAUUUGUAUUGUGAACUCUUUCAUGAUAAUUAAGGAAGCCUUUGUGAGACAAACAUUUCCCACAUUCAGAACAUGAAAAUGGUUUCUCUCCUGUGUGAAUGCGGAGAUGUGACUUAAGAGUUGACAUUUGAGUGAAACAUUUCCCACACUCAGAGCAGGAGAAGGGUUUCUUUACAGGACGAAUCCAUACAUGGGCAAUAAGCUCUGUAUAUGUACAAAACGUUUUCCUACACUCAGAGCAAGAGGAAAGGUUUCUCUCCACUAUGUAUCCGUUCAUGGACAAUAAGAUUUGUUUUUCUAGUGAAACAUUUCCCACACUCAGAGCAGGAGAAAGGUUUCUCUCCACUAUGAGUCCGUUUAUGGGAAACAAGAGUUGAUUUAUGACGGAAACAUUUCCCACACUCAGAGCAGGAGAAAGGUUUCUCUCCACUAUGAAUCUGUUUAUGGGCAACAAGAUUUGAUUUAUCACUGAAACAUUUCCCACACUCGGAGCAGGAGAAAGGUUUCUCUCCACUAUGAAUCCGUUUAUGGGCAAUAAGCUUGGAUUUUUCACAGAAACAUUUCCCACACUCCGAGCAGGAGAAAGGUUUCUCUCCACUAUGAAUCCGUUCAUGGGCAACAAGAGUUGAUUUAAGAGUGAAACAUUUCCCACAUUCAGAACAUGAAAAUGGCUUAAUUCCGGUGUGAAUCCUGAGAUGUGCAUUAAAGUUGUUUUUUUGAGUGAAACAUUUCCCACACUCAGAGCAGGAGAAAAGUUUCUCUCCACUAUGAAUCCGUUCAUGGGCAACAAGGGUUGAUUUAAGAGUGAAACAUUUCCCACAUUCAGAACAUGAAAAUGGCUUAAUUCCUGUGUGAACACUGAGAUGUGCAUUCAAGUUGUAUCUUUGAGUGAAACAUUUCCCGCAUUCAGAACAUGAAAAUUCUUUUUCUCCUGUGUGGCUCCUAAAAUGAAGCUUAAGAGCGGUAACGGUUUGAAAGCAUUUCUCACAUUCAGAACAAGAAUGUUUUUGCUUUUCUCCACUGUGGAUGAAAUGACAUUUGGGAAGAGAUUUGGUCUGAAUAUGUUUUUCAAGUUCAAUACGGGAACGUGCUUUAGAUCCUUGGCGAGUAUUGCAAAAUCCAAUAAUGUGUGAUUUUGAUUGAAAGCACCGAUGUCCCAUGAAGUUUGUUUUACAGGUGAAUGUUUCUCCACAUUCAGAACAAGUCACUUUCUUCCCUUUACGGAAUCUCUGAUAUUUUAUUUGAUUUAAAUUUGUGAGUGAAACUUUUGUACCAUCAUAGUUAUUGGCAUCUACUUUGUAUUGUCUCACAGGCUCACAAGCAGAGGUUUGAAUGUCCAGAUUACCAAGAUUUCCUUCUUCACAUGAGACUGGAUCCUCCGUAAUAGGAGUAUAUGGACAUUCUGUCUGCGUAGGCUCUGUGGAAGUAUAAAUUUCAGUUUCUGUGAGAUUCCUUUCUUCACAUGGGACUAGAUCUUCCUCAAUAUAAGUAGAUGGAUAUUCUGAAGGUUCUGUGGGUGUAAUAAUGCCAGUGUCUGUGAGAUUUCCUUUUUUACACGAAGCUGAAUCCUCCGUGAUAGACGUAUAUGGAUAUUCACAUAAAGCCAAUUCCUCCUUAAUAUGUGUAGAUGGACAUGGUGUCAGCUCUGAGGGUCUAUAUAUGUCAGUUUCUGUGAGAUUUCCUUCUUCACAUGAGACUGGAUCUUCCUUAAUACGAGUAGAUGGAUAUUCUGUCUGUUCUGUGAGUGUAUACAUGGCAGUGUGUGUGAGAUUCUCUUCUUCACAUGAGGUUGGUUCCUCCUUAAUAUGAGUAGAUGGAUAUUCCGUGUUUACUGUGGAUUUUGUUUGGGAACAUUCUUUCAGUGAGUAAAUCUCUCCAUCUGGUAGUUUUCUUUCUUCAUAUAAAGCGGUUUCAGAUUUCACAGAUUCACUUGGUCUCUUACUUAAUUCAUUAAAUGUCACAGAAUUUCCUCCCUGAUCAUCUGCGACUUCACCUUCAGUCACACAAUUUGCUGACAGAACAUGGAUGGGUAAAUCAUCCGUUUCACUUGUGUUUAGAGAGCCAUCUGCUGGAAAGAAAAGAAAUAGAAUUACAAACCUUCCUUUUACCUCUCUCACAUUGUCAGUACUGUAAAUACACUACAAGGUAAAUGAUCCAGGAUGUGAUGGUAAAAUAUUGGUGUUUCAAUGUAACUGGGUAAAUAUAUUCACAAUCAGAAUUUUAUCUACAGUCUAUGACAGGUGUAGUCACCCUUCCGCACUCCAGAUGUUAUGGACUACAUCUCCCAAAAUGAUCUUACAGCUAUAAUGCUUUACUUUGUCUGAGAUGAAUAACUAACAAUACAAGAAAACAAAACAAGUGACUAUAUUUUGUUUAAAUCUGAGGAUAUGUCCGUAGUGUCAAGACACAUGAAGAGUAAGAUGCAUCGUUAAUCACUGUGCCCUUUUGAGUCAAAUAACGUAUCUAUGUCUAUAAAUCUCUCACCACGGGUUUCUUUAAUAGGGUUUCCGAUGGAUACAAUCUAUCUUCACUCACCAUGGGUCAGUGUUUAUUACUUGAUAUAAAUUUUGUAACAGUGCUCUGUGUAAAAAAGACGUUUAAUAGUAUGUGUCAGUCCAAAAUGAAUAGGCCGCUACAACACUAUUGUGGGUAUCACCCCCCCUCAAUAAGGCACGCAGAACAAAAAAUAAAAAGAUACAGCUCCAGCCUCUAAUGCGGAACACUACACAAAUAUGUAAAUACAACAAAUAGGAAAUGUGAGAAAAUAGUCCCCAAGAAAAAAGGAACACGGAGACUAAAUCUCAAACAGUUACCUCCACUAGUAAUUUCAUUCUUCCUUGUAGUACUAGAAUUAAAAACUGAUAUAGUCUUUAUUAGCUUAAAGUAGACCACAUCAGACAUGCAUAGAUAAAUAAGGUAAAUAUGUGGGCGGGGCCUGACACUCAAGGCGGCCGGACAAGCUUUGUAGUAGCUCCGGCUCUCUCACUAUUUUAGGGCUUGAUCGCUUCUGAGUGACGCAGAAAUCACCUUACCUCGCCAGCAGACUGACAGUAUACUUACCGGUACCGUUUGCUGUACAAAUCAACAAGGUCCGAUGGGCUAUUAUCUCGACUCUGAUCUGCGACCUACAGUGCCCGGGGACUGGGGGAAGCAGACGAUCUCCCGGUCAGUACAAUUGGCAAAAGCUUCUCAAUAGCCCCGUUCCCCCCCCCGGUGAGGGAUAUCCCGACCCCCGCUGGAGUGCAGACCUGCUUGCAGUCAUACCAUCAAACGGGGCCCGCAAAGCUAAUACCCUACCACAUGCACACCAAGAUGGCCGCCAGAAAGAGGCCUGCCACGGAACAACCACUCGCAACAGGGGCAAAGAAUGAGGAACGUCUGGCCAAAACCUUCGGGAGAAUCUGGAUGAAAUUCUGGCACUCAAUCGAACUUCGAGCAGCAACUCGUCCUGUUAAAGCAGGGGCCCAGACUGGCCCAACAAGAGACCAAGUGAAGGCAUGGCCUGCUGAGAGAAGCCUAGCAGUCUUGGAGCUGACAUUGCAGAAGAGGAGGAAGCUUCUGGGAAAGGCAUAUGCCCGCCAAGAGCCCGAUCCCGAGGCGGCCCGUCAUUGUCCUAGAUUGUAGCCUAAAAAGUGGCAUCCCCUUAAACGCUGCCUACCUGCUCUGAAGACUGACUCCUAUCCUGAUGGAAAGCAUUCUAGCAGAGGAUUCCAAGCGAAGGGUUGGAUCACAGUCACUGGCUGAACCUGUGAGUUUGCAACACUAGACUAUGCAGGAGCAAGGGUCUGGUGGGGAACCGCGCUAUGGGACUCUAGUUUCUACUCACUUUGGGGCAGAUAUUGUGGGCAUGGGCUAAAUCAGUAUCAUCUCCCUAUUAUCUGUGGUCCAAAGGGCAUUGGCUGAACCACUUUACUAUGAGGGAGCGUUACUUACCUCGACAUGUUUCAUAUAUGCCUCUAUACAUUUUAUAUUCUUUUCCAUUCUCUGACUGACCUAAUAGAAUAUUGAAUUUACUUAUCUACUAUUUGCAUAAUGCAUGAUUAUUACUCGUUUCAUAUAAUUAUCAAAAAUAGAAAAGAAAAAGGGCAGCUCAACUUGACAUAACACUGUUGUAACCAUAUGUCCUUUAUCCUUAUGCAAACAUAUAAUUUGCCAAUGCCUACUCGUGUACAAGCUAAUGCACAUCAAAGAUAAAGAAUGUCAAAAUAAAUAAAUAAGGUAAAUAAAAAAAAUCCCUCUAUACUAUUUACUAUGUUUUUAUGUAGUUGUUCACUUUGUAUACAAUAUAUGGGGGUGGGAGGGGAGGAGUGACCACUAAAGGGGGUGGGGGAAGAGGAGAGACCACUAAAGGGGGGAGAGAGGAGAGACCACUCAAAGGAGGGGAGAGAGACCACUAAAGGGGGCUUAAAGCACUCAGUUGGGGGAAGACCACUAAAGUGGGGGAGCGGGAGAGAACCACUAUGGGGGAGAGAACCACUAAGGGGGCGGAAGAAGAGACCACUGAGGGGGGGGGAGACCACAAGGGGGGUAGGAGAUACCACUAAGGGACAAAGGGCAGGGAAGAGCUCUAAGGACAGAGGGGACAGCUCUAAAGGAGGGGAGGAAAGAGAACACUAAGGGACAGAGGUGUAGGGGAAAACACGAAGGGACAGUGGGGCAGGGGAGUUCACAGGGUGACAAGGGAGAGAACUAAUAGACAGAAGGGGAUGGGAGAGCACUAAGGGUGUAUGUAUAUCUGUGAGUGUCUGUGUAUCUGUGAGUGUCAGUGUGUAUAAUUGCCAUGUUUAAUUGCCGUGUUGGCACAUUGAGGAAAAAAAGUUGGUUUGUAUUGCAGUUUGGCCAUUCAGGCUCAAAAAUGUUCGCCAUCACUGUAAUAGACCCAUAUAAAAGAUUCUUAAUAAAAUAAUUAGGAGAUUUAAAAUAGACUUUAUGAAAUCGUACUUUACUGCCCUUAAAUAAUAUGGACACCGUAGAACAAGUAAGGGCAAGCUGUUCAUAUGAAGAAGCCGGAAAUUACGUUGCGAUACUAGCGCGGUGGAAGGGAAAACCCGGAAGGAGACACCACGAGAUUAACGGAGGACGCCACUCUGGGGCUAUAUAAGCAGAAGAUGCAGAGGAGUUUCUAGCACAUGAAAAAGAUAUUUUUGAGGUCGAAACACGUCUGCUUAGAGACUAUUUGGUACAAGGUUUGAGAUGGCCAGCGGUGAACUUUUUUUUAUACAUUUCAAGAUAUAAUCCUUUUUAAAUUUAUCGCUACAUUGCAUACUUUGGCUUAUCUUCCUGUCCAUAAGUAAUGUUUUCUAUGUAAUAUUAUACUUUUGUUAUAUAUAUUGUUUCAGUAAAUUCAUUGUUAUACAUUGGAUAACCUCUAGAACAGCUGUUAUUCCGUAUAGCCUGUAUAGGCAGCCUUUGGGCUUGAUAUACAGAGCCUGGUCCGGCUCUGCAUUGUGUAUUCAUCUAUAUCAUAAGGAAUCUUGCUGAUUAGGUCUUUUUAAGUAUAUAUUUGUAGGGUGAUCCACUGUGGUGUGUUAUUGGUGCUUUUAUUAUUAAUCGAUAUAUGUCUGAGUGUUGGGGGACACUUUGUACCUUAAUCAAACAUUAGCUAUCCUUAGAAUUGCCUAGACAUUUUCCUUGUGUUUUUCCAAAAGAUGUGUUAGCCACAACUCCUUUCACUGCUGCUUAUUAAGUUCUCCAAAUAUUAUUUUCGUUCUCCAAAUAUCUUUUCUUUUUAGUCCAAGUUCUUUGGAAUGCUAUUUUUGUGAGAAUUUUCAGAAUUGGGGGAACAUUGCUGCCGGCAUUGAGAACCUGGAGCACGUUUACUGCCAUGGUGGAAUGAGUUGUUUGUUUCCCACUGCUUUUGGGACAUUUCGUAUACUCAUUCUCAACCCAUUUUUGGAGACAUGGACUAAAACAUUGCACGCCUGGAACUCGUUGCCAGAUCAGAUUAUAGCCAUAAUGCGGUAAAACAUGCUGUAAUUUGGGUGUGUGUUCUCCUAUCAGGGCGCUAGUUGGACUAACUUUCCAGAGAUAUAUAUUGUGAGGGACAAUGGUCCAUAGAAAAGGGGUUCUGGCUGAUGUUUUGUAUGCUAUGCAGUUUGGACUGUGAGGGCACCAGAGGGAGACGAUUGUGUUAGCUGGGGAUAAUGUAAUUAAAUCCACAGACGGAGGGGUGCCGGGGAUGGAAAACUGUACUGUGCAUUGCUUUGUAUGGAUGUACCCCUACAGGGAAAGUCAGCACUGUUCUGUAUAAAUAGCUGUGUACUGUGCAUUGCUUUGUAUAGAUAUCCCACUGCAGGGAAAGUCAGCACUGUUCUGUAUAAAUAGCUGUGUACUGUGCAUUGCUUUGUAUGGAUGUCCCCCAGCAGGGAAAGUCAGCACUGUUCUGUAUAAAUAGCUGUGUACUGUGCAUUGCUUUGUAUGGAUGCUGCCCUGCAGGGAAAGUCAGCACUGUUCUGUAUAAAUAGCUGUGUACUGUGCAUUGCUUUGUAUGGAUGUACCCCUACAGGGAAAGUCAGCACUGUUCUGAAUAAAUAGCUGUGUACUGUGCAUUGCUUUGUAUGGAUGUCCCCUGCAGGGAAAGUCAGCACUGUUCUGUAUAAAUAGCUGUGUACUGUGCAUUGCUUUGUAUGGAUGUCCCCUACAGGGAAAGUCAGCACUGUUCUGUAUAAAUAGCUGUGUACUGUGCAUUGCUUUGUAUGGAUGUCCCCCUGCAGGGAAAGUCAGCACUGUUCUGUAUAAAUAGCUGUGUACUGUGCAUUGCUUUGUAUGGAUGCCCCCCGCAGGGAAAGUCAGCACUGUUCUGUAUAAAUAGCUGUGUACUGUGCAUUGCUUUGUAUGGAUGCCCCUGCAGGGAAAGUCAGCACUGUUCUGUAUAAAUAGCUGUGUACUGUGCAUUGCUUUGUAUGGAUGUCCCCUGCAGGGAAAGUCAGCACUGUUCUGUAUAAAUAGCUGUGUACUGUGCAUUGCUUUGUAUUGAUGUCCCCUGCAGGGAAAGUCAGCACUGUUCUGUAUAAAUAGCUGUGUACUGUGCAUUGCUUUGUAUGGAUGUCCCCCUGCAGGGAAAGUCAGCACUGUUCUGUAUAAAUAGCUGUGUACUGUGCAUUGCUUUGUAUGGAUGUCCCCCUGCAGGGAAAGUCAGCACUGUUCUGUAUAAAUAGCUGUGUACUGUGCAUUGCUUUGUAUGGAUGUCCCCCUGCAGGGAAAGUCAGCACUGUUCUGUAUAAAUAGCUGUGUACUGUGCAUUGCUUUGUAUGGAUGUCCCCUGCAGGGAAAGUCAGCACUGUUCUGUAUAAAUAGCUGUGUACUGUGCAUUGCUUUGUAUGGAUGUCCCCCUGCAGGGAAAGUCAGCACUGUUCUGUAUAAAUAGCUGUGUACUGUGCAUUGCUUUGUAUGGAUGUCCCCCUGCAGGGAAAGUCAGCACUGUUCUGUAUAAAUAGCUGUGUACUGUGCAUUGCUUUGUAUGGAUGUCCCCUGCAGGGAAAGUCAGCACUGUUCUGUAUAAAUAGCUGUGUACUGUGCAUUGCUUUGUAUGGAUGUCCCCUGCAGGGAAAGUCAGCACUGUUCUGUAUAAAUAGCUGUGUACUGUGCAUUGCUUUGUAUGGAUGUCCCCUGCAGGGAAAGUCAGCACUGUUCUGUAUAAAUAGCUGUGUACUGUGCAUUGCUUUGUAUUGAUGUCCCCUGCAGGGAAAGUCAGCACUGUUCUGUAUAAAUAGCUGUGUACUGUGCAUUGCUUUGUAUGGAUGUCCCCUGCAGGGAAAGUCAGCACUGUUCUGUAUAAAUAGCUGUGUACUGUGCAUUGCUUUGUAUGGAUGUCCCCUGCAGGGAAAGUCAGCACUGUUCUGUAUAAAUAGCUGUGUACUGUGCAUUGCUUUGUAUGGAUGUCCCCUGCAGGGAAAGUCAGCACUGUUCUGUAUAAAUAGCUGUGUGCUGUGCAUUGCUUUGUAUGGAUGUCCCCCUGCAGGGAAAGUGAGCACUGUUCUGUAUAAACACCUGUGUGCUGUGCAUUAAAAUAAUUCUACCCCCUGCAUUCCCAUUUGUCUAAUGUAUUGUGGAAAAGCUGUAGUCUCUGCUUUACAAGGGAGAAGGUCUGAUCUAUAAUCAUUGCAGCCUGGUUCGAUGGAAGAGGCCCUCAGAGACCCCAGUCAAGCAUCAGCAACUGGUUCUAAAGAGCUCCUGAGCGCGAAUAGCAGCUAGGAAGUUGAACUGGUGGCGUACAGAAGCUCUGUCACAUUUAGUUUUAGAGGUGGGAUGGCUACCUAAGUAUUGUGCAAACAUCCAAACUACCACCCCUGCACAUCGUCUGGAACUUAAGGAGAGGGACAAAGCUAGCACCAAUGCAGUGUUGAUAAUGAGGGGGGAGGGACCUACUGUCCUACCCCCCCUCCGGCCCCCACCCCUGGGCGGCGGAUGGGGGCCAUAAAGAUAAUGAGGGGGGAAACCUACUGUCCACCCCCCUCCGGCCCCCACCCGGGUAGGUCCCCCCCCACCCAUUAUCAUUAUGACCCCAACCCGCCGUCCAGGGGUGGGGGCCCGGAGGGGGGGGGUGGGCAGUAGGUCCCCCCCCCCAUUAUCAUUAUGACCCCCACCCACCGCGCAGGGGUGGAGGCCAAUAUUUUUUUCCUUUUUACAGUGAGCAGCCACAGGUAUAGCGAGUAGGGGCAUAUUAUUUACUAAUACUAAGUAACCUUUACUUAGUAUUAGUAAAUGUGGCUGAAAGAUCACUUUAGGUCUUUCAGCCUUUUAGUAGAUAGCUCCCUGAUACUGUGGGAAUUAGAGAGUUAUCUACUAAGCGGCUGCAAGAUGCAGCCACAGCAGGAAUAGGAUAGGAGUUUCAUUCAUUCGAAUGAAAUUGCGAUCCGAAUAAAGUGCCGAAUUGCGUUCUAAAACAAACGAACAUACUGUUCUCAUUCAGUUAGAACGCAAUUCGGCAGUUUCGUGUAAAGAGACAGGAAGCAUCGCGGGAAUACAAAGGAAAAGUGAGAAUUGUGGGAAAAUUGCUCUGACCAGCGGAAAUGAAGCACACUUUGCUCCUCCGCUGGUCAGAAAUGGUCAAGCGUAGGAAUCCCCCAUAAGGCAAAGAGUCCCUACUCUAAGAAAACUAAAGAAGACAGGAAGAAAAGAAGAACAGAUCCUGAGAGAGGGGGAGAAGAGGAAGAGAUUGAGAAAAGGUAAGUUCGGCAUGACAGUGCAGCUUUAAUUUAAACAUUCUGAACAUUUUCAAGCUAGGAAACUGACCUGGUGGAGGUACUCAGUCGGGAAAACGAGAGCAACGUCACAUACAUGCAAUCAGGCUCCGAUUUAAAAUCAAUAAUACAAAAAUACAACAAACUGACACUGUACAUUGAUCUCACGCUAUACUGGGGUUUGAUUACAAUACUGACCUCAUACUGGACACUUGAAGCUAGGGAUUCAAUUACAUAUAUAGUAAUAACACAAGCUGUGUAUAUUAAAAGUGCUUCCUCUUACCCAGUGAGCAGAGAGGCUGGUUAGUGUCCAUCAUUAAGUCAUUGUAAGGUUCCUUGUGUCCUUCUAAAUACUUCCACACCUACAAGGAAAAGUAACAGUGACAUCCUCACACCUAACAGGAUCCUGGCACACAAUGAUGCAGUCACCACCCAGACACAUCCUCACACCUAACAGGAACCUGACACACACAAUGAUACAGUCACCAUCCAGACACAUCCUCACACCUAACAGGAACCUGGCACACACAAUGAUACAGUCACCAUCCAGUCACAUCCUCACACCUAACAGGAACCUGGCACGCACAAUGAUGCAGUCACUAUCCAGACACAUCCUCACACCUAACAGGAACCUGGCACACACAAUGAUACAGUCACCAUCCAGACACAUCCUCACACCUAACAGGAACCUGGCACGCACAAUGAUAGUCACCAUCCAGACACAUCCUCACACCUAACAGGAACCUGACACACACAAUGAUACAGUCACCAUCCAGACACAUCCUCACACCUAACAGGAACCUGGCACACACCUUGAUACAGUCACCAUCCAGACACAUCCUCACACCUAACAGGAACCUGGCACACACAAUGAUACAGUCACCAUCCAGACACAUCCUCACACCUAACAGGAACCUGGCAGACACAAUGAUACAUCCCUUGGUUUUACUCUAUGGUGUCCCAUUCCCAGCAGCCUCACCUCUCCAGUCAGCAGGUGGAUGAUCUGAUUGGUCAGUUUCAGGACCUUCUGGUCAUUGUUUCUCUCAUGUAUCAGUGAGUGAGGUAGAGGCACCGUGCUGGGGCUCUGGGUCCUGCUGGAUCCAUCUGACGCACGAGGGAUUCUGCCCUGUAUUAUGGACUCACCAGAUCUCUUCAUAACAAUGUAAUCCUAUAUAGAGAGAGGCAUUCUAAUCAAUAUUAAUGUACUUAGGGAAGCACCUAAUAAAAAUACACAUCUCUCAGUAAAGGAUAUCUAUGACUUUCAUAUUCCAUCUGUCUAUAAAGGACAAUAUGCAAAUGAAGUAUCCCAGCGACUAUCUUACAAAGCCGGUCACUACAUAGGCUACAUAGAUCAUAUACACACGGUAAAAGGGUUGGCCUUUUCAAUUCAAAUAAAUUCUGUUUUGUCUCGGUGCCCCAACAACACUAUUCCAUAAUCCUUUGUCUCUUGAAGUGCCAGCUGCCUUUUUCCAUAUCCUUCUGCACACUGAGCUCUCUGUGCAGUCUGGUUCACAAUGACCCAUUCACUAUCCGCCUCUGCCCUUCCUGACGAACUCAAUGUCACUCAGUCCUAGUCCUAUGUAUGUUAGAUGAAAACAAUGACUGACAGAAACACAUCCUCAUGGUGUAACCGUGUGUGGUUCCCCUAUUUACCACUAUAAUGUCUUAAAGCAUAGAACUUAGUAGGGCUAACCAUACAGAUAUCUUAGCCAUAAUUUUAUAUAGUGUAAGAGAUCCUCUAUUUAACAUAUAUAAAUAAUUGAGAAUACAAUAUAAAAUAAGGAUUGUCUUGGAAGCAAGAUUGUCUUUUUGGAUAUUUAUUAUAUAAAAAUAUAAAUAUAAAAUCCAUUAUAGCAGAGUUUAUAAGAUUAAAUUACAUGCUUGCAAAUAUCAUUAAUAGGUUAGCAUACCCUUCUGAACAUGUCAUCAUGUCAGCCUCUCUGUCAUUUUAAGAUGGAGCAGCGUCUGUCUCCAAGUCUCUCCCCUGUUUCUUAACAUUUAAAAGUACACCUAUUUAUACCUUAGGUGUCUCAAUUUUAGGGUUACCGUAGUUCAAAUUUGAAAAAGUAACACAUCUUUUACUCUAUUCAAUUUAGAUCCUCCCUUAAUUUGGCAAACAUACAAGGCCAUAACUAAAGGGUGUAUACGUCAUGGAAAUCUUCCUGACUUAUUUCAAGAUGGCAUCUUAAAGUCUGAAUAGGUUAUCUGUUGUUUAUACUAAGUCGUAAGUGCACAGUCGCGGGAGAUUCCCGGAUUUGGGGAAGUUCCAUUAACUUGGGGUUACCACAGUAUAUUGUGUACUAAGAAAGUCGUAGUAUAGCCUUGAAGCUUGUUUAUGCAUUAUUGUUAUUGUAGUUCGUCUGGGACAAAAUGGCGCAAACAUAUUAUGCACUGAGGUUAUUGCUUAAAGAAACAUCUAUGAAAAACAAUAUGUUCCAUUUCUAACACCUUGUCAGUUUGCAAUAUCUCUUAAAGACAAAGUACACAGUUUAAGAAAUACAACAUUUCAUUCUAAAACUUGUAAUAUUUGCAUUUGCUCAUAACAAUGGUAUGGAAUCUACAAGGAAAUAAUUCCAGUCCCAGUUUAGGCCAAUUCAGUACUGAUGGUGACCAGUUUCCAUGGCCAUUAUUAUUCCUGUAUUUCCAUGGGCACAUUGUGACAAACGCUCGUUCCCACGAACGUUUGCCACAAACUCCUGGAGGAGUGUGGAAGCUGAUCCACCAACUAUGGUUCAGGUCUGAGACACUGUUCGGGAGUUACCCUGCCGAGCCACCCCUAGCAGCUUUUCCUGGGUGCCCCUGGUUCAGCCCUUUCCCUUCAUUUGAAGGAAAUUGCUCCACGGUGGCCAUUUGCAUGAACCAAGCACACAAAUGGUCCUCAGCAGUUCUUAGCCACUCCAGCUAUGGAACUAAUUUCGGAAUGAGAACUUCCUGGGUCCCCGGUCACCUCAGCGUUAGUUAGCUGCAAAUGUUAUGGAACGGUUUACGGCAUGAGGUGAUCGUGCGGCUCGCAGACAACUUGCUCUAGCAUUUUGUACCAAUAUGGAACUCGCCAGGAGAGCGCUUUUUGAAGGGAAGGUGCCUGAGACUUAAGGGGAACAAACGCUACCUGAGAGCCAGGUGUAGCACCACGUAUUUUGAACACAGGAGCUUUCGAAAGUUGACUGAAAAGCAGCAAAUGCUCUGGAACUAUUUUGGGCAUAGGAUCACGUGUGCUGCCGGUCAGAACUUUACCAAGGUGGCGUUUCCCCUAAACUACAUGGAUCUGAGCACCUCCCCUAGCGUUAAGCACAAAUUAAGUAAUUAACUCAAGUGCUUUCCCUGGGUGACCAUGUACCUCUGUCUGCGUUCGGGUAUACGAAUGACGGCCAUUUUGUCUACUGAACACAGGCAGCGGUACAUGGUCGAACGCCUGGAACUAAUUUAGGAUACGUGAGUCCACAAACCCAGCCAGAGCUCGUGCCACUGCCUGUCCCACUUCUCGCUCAACAAGACGAACUACCAACUAGGGGGAACAUUCACUACCUAAAAUCCAGGGGAACCGUUUGUCUGUGUUCGUACAGGAACCCACGAAAGCUGACGAGCAGUCACACUCCUUUCUCUGGAACUGAUCUGGGCCAUCGCCUUGUGGCCGGUCGGUCAGAACUUUACCCGAAUGGCAAUUCCAUUCCACCGAACAGAUCUGAGCGCUAUUUGGACAACCUGGCCGCUCAGAUCAGGGCUAUUCGGGAACAUGAAACAUGUGGGGUUCCUAUAAAAUAUGACUAUGUUUUUGUGGUGUUUUAUGUAUGUUUCAUAUAAUUUACUAUAACUGAGAGAUAAUUGAGUUACUCAGUUUGAUUCAAAUAUCUCUCAAUUGGACACCUGGGAGGGGCUUGUGUACUUUUUGGAUGGAGACCCCACGCUGGGAUUAUUUGCAUAAAAGGCUGAGUUUGUGUGGAAUAAAUAAGUAAUACUCCCAGAACUGUGUGUCGUCCAGUUACUGGGGAGGGAUAGAGCUAUUCACAUUUCAGCGCCUUGUUCUUGAGUUACUGUCUUCACGGAUCCAGAAGAGGAAAAGUUCUUGUCAGAACUAACGCUCCGCUACAUUGGUUGGCAGCGUCAGGAUCCAGAGCUCAUGGAGAAACAAGAGCUACAGUCUGGAUAGCAGUACCGAAUGGACCGUGGAUGGAGAUCGAUUAUAAUGUCCUAAAACGGUCUACUCUGAAGAAUCUCCUGGAGGCAAAAGUAAUAGCGUCGAGCAAUAAAAAAAAGGCUACCUUCAUUGCCAGAUAGAUGGAAGAAAACCGAACGUUCUGUAACCCUGAUCCACCAGCAAUGGAGGAAAACGCAUUUCAAAAGGAAAUACGUUUUCGGCUGUCUUAUGGAAAAAACCCUUCAGUGGAAAUACUGACACGAACCAUGUCCGAAGUAAAAGCAUACAUACUGUCCACAACCAAACAAUCAGCAUGAAAGACCCCAAGCAGUAACCGUGAUCCAGGAAAGUAAAGCCAAACUACCGUAUGGGGCACUUAAAGACUAUCUAGAGGCAAAUGAGGGCAUAGAUGCCUUCCUUCAGGACUUUGAGCAGCUGUGCCAUUUACACCAGGUCAGCGAAGGAGAUUGGGUUCCCCUGCUAGCCGGCAGACUGAUGGGAAUAGCCGCUGAGGCAUAUCGGGCAGUCCCGAACAAGGACAUCCGAAACAAUGCCCGGGUCAAGGCUGUGAUACUAGCUGUAACGGAGCUCCCUGUACUCCGACUGAGUACCCUCCGUUGACGGAUGCUCCUAGCACUUCCUGAGGACUCCAAGCACUGCAGCAGACACAACAACCACCGCAGACUCCGCAACCGCCGCAGACUCCGCAACCGCCGUAUCUUGACUGGAGUCUCGCCGUCUUCCUUCCACCCUGGAUCAGCUUCUGUCCUCCAGGACUGCGUGGGAAAGAACUCUUCCUUCCACCCUGUAUGAACCUCCAGCAUCCAGGACUGUGUGGUGAAGACCCCUCCUCCAAGGAGAGCGUGUCAGGAACAAGCUCUUAAAAGAGCUAAGUGACUCAAGCUCAGGGGAGCAUGCAGAGCAUAGCAAUCCCCAGUGUGAUUAUAACAGCUCCCUCCAAUAACGAGACAAGGCUACGUUUAGAGGGAUCAAGAAGAACUGUCAAAACCUUUAUUUCCCUUGGGACCAGCCAAUAGGGUCACCACAAUAACAUUGUUGUGAAACCUCAAUAAAAUCACAAACAGUCAAACCAUAUUAAGCAACACACAGUGACUUAUCACAACACAAUGGCACAUUUUUAAAGGGGUGGGGGGAGACAAUAUUUAACAGUAAAUAUCUCACCUGCCUGCAGAAUUAGCAAUAUGCAAAUCUACCCGAAUAUGCAAAUGAACCAGUCUUGCAAUUCAGGUAGUGCAUACAGAGUGGGCAGACCGGCUACACAGGGCCAUCCUGGGAUGGGUACAAGCCCACCAAGUGAGCACAAUGGAAUGUUACAAUUGGUGCUACUGGAACAAUUUAACAAUGGUCUAUAUCCUGACAUCCAAGAGUGGCUACCGACAAGUGGCUACCGACAAUCAACAGCACCACCGGCAGUCCGUACAGCUACAGGGAAGGGAGGUGCAGGGGCUGUGAGACACCUUAGUACGUAGAAACCUGGUUCCAGAGGCAACCCAGACGGGAAGCUCUGUGGCCGUUCAGGUGGUAGGAGUAGCAGUCUAUCGAAUACCCAUGGCUUGAGUCCAUUUGAAUUAAGGUGAAGGGUUGGGAAUGGUUGAAUUGGGGUUGAUGCAACACUUGCCAUAAGAGGUGCUAUUGGGGAAGGACAGAUACACUAGAGAUUCUCCCCUGGUAUAACGUGUCUGACUUUGGGAGUGAGGUAGUCACAGACCCCACCCUCGAGAUAUAUAUAUAGACCGGGUUGUGCUGUCUAGUCAGGCCGGGUUGGAAGGAGAAAGAUAUUAUGGGACCAGGCUGUGACGGAACGCUGGCACUCCGACCGAGUACCUCCGCCAAUCGAUGCUCCUAGCGCUUGCCGAGGACUCCGAGCACUCCAACCGACAACAUCAGCACUGCGGACCCCACUUCCAGCGAUGCAGCUGCGCCGGGGUCUCGCCGUCUUUCACCCACCCUAAAUCCACGAACAGGAUCCAGCUCCCAGUGGGUGAACUUCUCCUAAAUCCAGAGAGCAUAGCAGGAACAAAUCAAGCUCUUACAAGAGCUUACUCUGGGGAGUAAGUGAUUAUAGCAAUUCCCAGAGUGUAGGUAUCCCUUCCCCCAAGCAUGAGCCAAGGCUUCAAGAAAGGUGCAAGUAGGUCUGCUUUAUUGAGGGCUACCUGCCCGGUAUUUAUGCAAGUGUCCACCAGGUGGACCCUCCCCUAAGGGACCCGAUGGAACAAUGGGACACAUAUUGGAUAUUAGCCAAUCACAGACAAUAUAAACAAAACACUCCCACAGUGAAAUCAUAAUCCCUCCUCUCUAUCCUGGAGAUAAUUGGGAAGUAAUCAAAUUAUCUCCCAGGACAGAGGCAAGACUCCAUUAACCACAUGGUUACAAAAAGACAUAAAAUUACACAAUGUUACAAUUACUACAUAAAACAUAUACAUGCAGCAUAUCCCAGAUAGCUUAGAUCUGAGCGCACCUUAUUACAGAAUGCCGCUCAAAUCACAUACAUACAGUUCAAUCGCCAUGGAGCCAAAGUCGUUACAUGAAUAGGCUCCAUGGCAUAGCUAUCUGGGGUAGCACUACUCACAUACUGAAAGUCCUGAACGCCCCGGCAGAAAUACACAAACCUUUCUGCAGGGUAAAAUACAGCUAUCAGCACAGGGGCCAUAGUCGGAAGGCAGGAGGCUAGCCAGUAGUCCCCUCCAGGCACAAGUGGCGAAGGGCACUUCGUCACACAUCUUCCCUUUGGGGGGAAGACUAAACAGGUACCUGACCUUCUGCCGGUCAGUACCUAGGUUAGUCGGGCAGCCCACCCACAAAGAAAAAUAUGCAGUGGAUGGUAGUGGACUAUGCGACCAGAUACCCAGAGGUGGUGGUGUUGACCAACAACCACGCAGAAAUGGUCACAGAAGCCUUUUUGCGAAUUUUUCCCUCUGGAGAUAGUUUCAGACCAGGGCACCCAAUUUACCGCAGAGGUCACCCACCAGCUCUGGAAGCUCUGCAGCAUUAAGUCGAUUAUGAGCUCCCCCUACUAUCCCCAAAUGAACGACCUGUGCAAACAUUUCAAUGGGACACUGAAACAAAUGUCAGGAUGUUCACAGCCACUAGCAGGGACUGGGAGAGAUUCCUGCCAUACCUCAUGUUUGCAUAUCGGGUGGUGCCACAGGAAUCCACAGGGUUCUCCCCAUUCAAAUUGUUAUUUGGGAGAUGGGUGAGGGGGCCAUUAGACCUAAUUAGAGAACAUUGGAAAGGGAAUGUUAGCCAGGACGGGACCCCCAUAGUCCCAUAUGUGCUGGAGUUCCAUGAACGCCUGGAGGAACUAACCCAAGCUGUGCAAACGGACUUCCAGGCAGCACAGAACUGCCAGCACACAUGGUAAGAUCGGGGAGCCAGGGACCGCAGCUUUCACGUGCAACAUAAAAUUUUAGUCUUACAAACUGUCCGCAAUGAUAAGCUGCAGGCCGCCUGGCAGGGCCCAUACAAGGUGGUAGAGCAGAAAUGCAAUACCACCUAUAUGAUCGGCCGUUGCUCUGUUAAUGGAGAGAGACGCAUGCUCCAUGUGAAGUUCUACCACGAAAGAAUGGAGGACCUGGCGUCGAUCUGUGCUACGGCCUCAGAGGAUUUCGAUAAGUCUGGCGAAUUAGCGGAGGUCCAUUUGGGAGAGCGGCUGAGCCAACAGGAGCGUAGUGGACUUGGAGCCAAAAGGGUGACCUUUUCCAAUGUACCCAGUUCCACUACCCUGGCCACUCACUGAGUAUAAACUCCAUGUCAGUUAGGCAGCCUCCCUACUGAAUCACCGAAUCGGUACGGGAAAGCAUGCAUAAGGAGAUCGAAGAGAUGCUCCGACUGGGGGUGAUGGAGCCAUCCGACAACCCCUGGGCCUCCCCAGUAGUCCUAGUCCCAAAGCGGAACGGUGCAACCCGCUUCUGCGUAGAAACAACAAGACUGUGUCGGAUGCCAAUCCUAUGCCUAUAUACUUUUGUCAGGCUGCAGAGUAAGGCAAUUGUCUCAUUCAAAACCAAACCUAUAAGAAGAGACUGCUAUCUCACAGUGAUAUCCCAUUGAUUCUUGUUUAUUAAAGAUGUGACCAGAAUUUACUUCACAAAUUUCUCUUAUAUUUGAAUACUGAAGGUCUGUUAAAAUAAAAAGGACAAAGUGUGUAGUAGCUGUGACAUUCCCAGAAUCCCUCACCUCUCCAGUCAGCAGGUAGUUGACCUCCAGGGUCAGAUCCAGGAUGAUCUUGGUCAUCUGAUUCCUGUUUGUGUUUGUCAUCAUUAAGCCGAUCAGGUAGCCUGAGAACAGACUCUGGGGUUGUGGACAGGAAAUAGAAUAUUCUGUGACUCUAUAAUUACAGAUAUACAAGAUAUUUAA